GAGAGUCACAACUCGCAUGUGAGUGUGUGCAUGUGUGUGAGAGCCUGUGAAAUAGAAGGAGCGGGAGAGGAGAGAGGAGACACACGAGCUGAUGCUGACACGGCUGCUGCUACUUGUACCACUGCUGAUCACGUCUGAACCCCUCAUCUGUAACACUCAGCUGGAGCUUUCUCUUCCCCUUUCUGAGCCGGGCUUGUUUGUGACGCCCUGUGUGUGAAUGGGACGCCUGGAAGAGAUGCCAGCCAAGGAGUGACUGAUGAGAACCAGUGCUCCAGUGUGGAGGGUGACCCCCUGUGUCCGUGCCACCACUACUCGGGGAGAAUUGGACGCCUGGCGUUUCCACGACGACUAUAAUGGGCUGCAAUCUGUGCACUUUACAGAAGCGAGAGGAACACUACAAGCUGCUGUAUGAGAUUGCACAGGUGAGCAGGAGCACGGCUGACUACGGGAUCGAUUUUGUGAGUGUGUGUUGUUGUAUAUGAUUAAUUAUGCGUGCUGUGCAGAAAACAGUUCCAGGCGGCUGGUUCAAAAAAGCAAAGACAGGAGCCUUGUUUGGAGUGUGUGUGUGUGUGUGUAGGUGAAGAUUGAAAAGGCAUGAAUGAGGGAUUGAUACACAAAAUGAAAGUGAGGCUGAAUAAUGGAGAGAGGGCGCUUGUUACUUACCAGCAGAUGUGUUUUGAGUAAUGAGCAGUUGGUAAGAGAGCAGACAGUGUGCAGCCCAUUCAUUUUGCUGCAUGAAUGGGCUAUUUUUAUUAAAAUAGUGCCGCCUGAGUACAUGGAGAAUAAAUAUGAGUCCUUGAGGGAUUAUCAUAACGUGUUGGUGAGCAAAUUCACAAGUUGAGACGGAUCGCUGUUGUGCCAGCAGAUAUUUUCCUGAACUUUUUCAGAAAAUACUUGUAAAAGCACAAAAACAAAACAUCCACAUCUGCAACUAUUACAGUUUCAGAAUCAUGCUCGCUCUGUGAGACUUGUGAUGCAACUGCAGAGUAAUUGUGCAAUAUAGGGAGAAAUCCAAACCCUGCUAAUUCGAUGUACAACUAUUUCUGGCUAUUCUUAAGACAGAUUAGCGCAUGACGAUGUUUCCAAGUGGGGGCUAGCUUGGAGAGAUAAACAAGCACUCACCUAACCACUUCCACUCUCCUAAUCAGCCUCCUGUGACAGGCUAAUAACUGAGAAGCUCACAGUUUCUGGAAGAGGAGUGUUCACCCCCCCUCUCUCUCCAGUAGCUCCUGCCUUCACGCCACUGUGAUCACAGCCUCAUUAGCCGUUUUAUACAACCAUCCAGUGCAUUAAUUAGAUGUGAAAUGUCUUUUUACCCUUGUGAGGAGAAAGGAUGAGAGGAAGCAGGGAAGGUAAACUGUCUUGGGUUAACUGCUGCCAGGAGCUUUCAGCUUGUGUGCAACUUGAGAUGUGGUGAUGGAGCUUGUGAGUCAGCUCCAAGAACUGCAUGAAUGAGAGGUGAAAGCUGUGCUACAAGCUUCUAGACCAGUGGUAAAGAGGGUUGCGCUCACUAAUGGUCUGCUAAAUAUUAGCAAACGGACAAAACUGUCCAGGGAGUAUGAAGGAUGAGCAGGAAGCCCGUGUAGUGCCUGCCGCUCCUCAGGAGGAACAUAAAAAUAGUGCUGUCUCUGUGCUUAUCAUGGCUUUUGUGCCUCUCUCCGCACUGCUUGUUAAGAAAUAGCGUUGACUCCUUUUCUUGUGGUUUAGCAGAGGGGAUCAGUAUCCACCAAGUGGGCCAGUCUCCAGGGCACACUCACUGUUGACAGCAGCUCUGUGGCACGUCUGUCCACCCACUGAUAUACGGAGCGCGGCUCAGGCGAGAGGUGCUACAUCAGCAGCUACUUUCUGAUCACCACUGUGGGAGGGAAGGCGGGAAGGAUGUAGAGCAUGGAGGAUAAAGACUGGGAUGGGAAUAGAGAGUAAGCCGUUAAGGAUGCAGGUUUUAGAGGAAGAGUAAGGGAGGGGAGAAGGAAAUGUGGGAAAGAAGGAAACAGUUGAACUGUAUGCUGUCAAAAAGGUGAUAAAAAGAAGUUGUCAGGACUUUUUGGUUUAAAAUGAUGUUUAAUGGAAAAAUUCUUCGUAUAUUCAAACAUAACAACAGCGAUACAACAGUAGGAGGACAGCAAGUUGAGUCUCCUUCAUGUAGCAGAGCUUUUCCCGCAGCUGUAGAAGUGUGUCACUGUGUCUUUGUGGUCAGGAGUUGUGUUUUGACAGCAGGAAGCUGCGCUCACUGCUCACUGCUCACACCGCCUGAUACCUAAUCCUGUUUCUUACAUAUUGUCUCAUCUCUCUGGCUGGCACAGCUCUCACCCUCACUCCACGUUUCCCAUUCCCACUCCUCCUUUUCUCAGUAUCUUCUCUUUUUGUCCCGUCUGUCUGCUGUUCGGAUACACCCACACAUCCAAACAUGUAUGUUCACACACACUCACACACACACACACACUGGCGACUCUAUUCCUGUGAUUAUGCAGAGUCUGUGAUGUGUAUAUGCAAAUGAGGCAGAAGUGGUUGCCUGGUGUCACAGCGUGACUGACCGGCCUUGCAGCAGGUUGAUUCGGGGAGCAGGAGUCAGUCACAGUGGUUGGUUAGCCACCUUUCUCCGUUUCCCUUCGCACCCAGAAACAAUUUUGACACCCUCUCUGUCUGUCUGACCCCAGAAGCUGUGGGAGAUUUAUGACUACCUGGCUCCCUCACUCUCACUCCUUUCCCUUUUCUCUCUGUUCUCACAGCUGCAGGUGUUCUGCAUGGAAAUGUGCUCACCUUUCACAGCUGGCCUGCGAAGCUAUCUCAUACUGCUGACAUUUUUUAUUUAUUGUAUUGGCUUUCUGGGCUGGACAGGAAGACACAUGAAUCUUCCCGUGGCCUUGCUUUCUUCCUGGCUCUCUAUGCUCUAACUUUUUCGAUUUAUAACAACAGCUGAUCAAACUUUAUUCGUUCUUCUGUAUUUUUUUUGUCUCUGACUCGUUUUUCUUGUUUCUUCUAAUCUUCUUUGAUUGCGUUUGUUCCAACCUUUGCCCCAGACUGCUCUCUGCCGGAUUCCACUCAAGUUAACCCUCCAGUGAUUGUUCUUUGCAGAGGAGAAAUAGUAGGAAGUCCUCUCUUAAAUUUGGUCAAGGAGGAUGAAACCUUGUUGAACCUUUUGACCUCAAGUUCAGCUGCUCUCACGCUACGGUCACCCAGUUUUACAGCUUGCUCUGCACUAAGCUGCAACUCAAGCUCUUUUUGCAGACGGUAACAUACUGUAGUUGAUUCGCUCUGUGAUCUGGCGGAGCUUUGUAAUUCCCGUUGUGUCCGUGAGCUCCCCUCGUGAGUGUCACACAUUGUCUGUGCACCGCUGAAGCCCAGCGAUGUGUGGCUUUUUUGGGGGCUAAUUAGCAGAAUAGCAGAUGUUGAUGGGAAGCGCAACGCAGCGUAGCCCAGAGUUCUGCAGGCAGAAUGAGAUAGAUUUUCACAGUCCGCGUGUGUGUCGAUGCAUUAAGGAUUUACAGUGUCUUCUGUCAUUGUCAAGAGCCAUUUCUUGCAGAGUUGCAAACAAAACAAAAGGCUCAAUCACAACUUUUAGCAUCUUAAAAGAAGAGUUAAUGUCGAUGCAAGUCCACCGCCGUACUCAAUCAGCAGCCAGCCAUUGUUUAUGUAGCUGCAUAAUGAAUUUCAAACUAAGCAGUACAGAGUAUAAACCCCUUCACAUUCAUCAUCAGAUUUGUAAUUUGCAAUAAGCCCAGCUCUCUUUUUUUUGUGUCUUGAGCAGCAGAGCCCAGUUUUUUAAGUUUUAUUUGACAGGAGCCGAAUGACUCUGCUGCAUUUCAGAAAUAAAUGGAAAGCAGCUUCUCAGCUCAAUGAGGCACAGCAGUCCCUGAUAACUUGCUGAUGCAUAUGAAUGAGAAUAAGGCACUCACUGCGCACACACAUCCACACACACACAAUCUUUCUCUCUCUCUCUCUUACACACACACAGACAGAUAUCUGUCUACGAGAAACAAAAACAGUCUCAGUGAAUAUUUUAGGUACAUAUCCAGAAAACCCUUCCCAUGAAUGUUUGAGUGUGACAGCGCUCAGUAGGCCGACUGCCGUGGCAUUUCAGAGUUAAGCUAUGUCAUGUUGAGCAGUGACACCAAGUUGUCAGGACAGGACAGACAGGCGGCCGUGAAAUGAAGCACAUCUGGAAUUCAUUUGUCCCCGAGGUGACAGGAGAUCCCCAAGAGCUUGGUUCCUGGAGUAGAGUUGAUAUUAAGUUCACUUUUGUAGCACCAGAUGUAAAACCUGUGGCCUGAAAGACAGUCUGAAGAGGACAUAGCUGACUUGUUGCUGCUGCUGCUGCUGAAACAGGACCAGCCAUGUGUGUCAUGGAUGUGAAUUUCUAAAAGGUUGAGCAGCUAUCACAACAGCCAGACUUUCUGACAAAAAUUUGGCAGUUUUUUAGCAAAUACAUGAAUCCCCUCAAAGAAAGGAUGCAGCAGAGUCUGUGUUUACUUUUUUCUGUGUGAGCUGGGACACUGGUUUGUCUAUUGGUUUACAAUGGUGCUGAAUGUUGGCUGUAAUCUCAUUUUUUUAGACUUUGGAAAUAAAAGUUUGUUUGACUAUUAAUAAGCUAACUUGCAGUUGGAGCGCUUGCAAAGUUUGAAUUGUCAAGAAACUUUUUUGUUAAAUCAAAACUAAAGAUACUUUUACCAGACAUUUUAUCAUGCUUAAGGUGUUCCCCAAGGCAGCAUUCUGGGCCCCUUCAUUUUUCUGUACUCAGACUGUAUUGACAGUCAUUUGAAGCAGUUAAAAGCUCCCGUAAAGGCUCAUUAGUAUGAAGAUUGAUUAUUUUGAACAAGUUCUUUUUGUUGUGUGAAACUGCUGCAAAGUUGUCAGACAGGUCAAAGCAGGAUUACUGCCCACAGACAGAGGGCACUAUAACUUAAACAAAACAAAAUUCCUUACAAGAGCUUUAAGAUGCAGCUUUAGAUUAUAGAUGCUGUGCAAAAAAGUUAUUAUAAUCAUGAUUAAUAUAAAAAAUUACAAUGUUGUGAGCUUUGGGAGCUACAUUGAUUGAGUAAGAGGAGGUAAAGAGGUAUUUUAAAGUUUGCUGUACAUUUGUACACUUCCAAUGAAGAAAUGAUGUCCUAUAAAUCAUUUAACAGCAAAUUAUGAACUGCUCAGUUGUCAAUACUUCUGUUUGUAAAGUCAGUAACUUAACAUUUUGGAUGUUUGGUUUAUUACAUCAGUGCUUAGUGGAGUCAUAAUGAAUACUUAUUUCAGCUUCUUACUGUGAAUAGAAAUGAAAUUAAUCAACAGAUUAAGCAGAUUGUAAUGAGAAUAAUUGCUCAUUAAAAGAAAAUUAUUAGAAGUAAGAAAUGUGUUAUAAAACUGCACCAGGAACAAGCCAUCUCUCUGCUUGGCUUCCAUCACUAUGCAUGUGCCUGUAAUGGCUUUGACGGUACAUUAAGGCUUUUGGACCCUGCUCUCACCCCCCAGACAGUCAGCUUCAAAUGUUCUCAUCCAUCUUCUUGUCCCAUUAUCUUUUUCUUUUUUUUUUUAUGAAUGAUGUCCCUCAACCAUUAAAAUUGAUAGAAGUGGAGAUAGAGGGGGAGGAGAGUAAGAAACAUGCUGCUUGAUUGAUCUUGUGUCCACCCUGGAAAGAUUAUCUUGAUAUAUAAUCUGGCUUUACGCCGCUGCUUUUGCAAUUACAAAAUAAUGCAAAGAUCCAUAUUCUCAAGCCAUUUUAAAAAAUCUUAUUUAAGGAACCAAAUUUAUGUUUUAACCCUGUUCCCAUCAUCAGUUCCUGACUUCUCCUACAGUCUUGAACUACACAGCACUAACCUGUUAGUCAGCCAUGUUUGAUUAUAAUGUUAAUCGACGUCAAAAGUGUCACUGGGUUGAGAUCUGUUGCUCAUUUCUCAUACAUAUCAGGCUAGAUAGAUAACAUCGGCCUCUUGUAAAAGAUUUCACUGUCGGGUUGUGACUCCUGGAUUACAAGGAGUAACCAAGUGGCAGCGGUUGGAUUUUAAAACACAGCGCCGUUUGAUAAAAGAGAAAAUCAAUAAAGGGAGUCAAAAUCGAGAUCUUGUGUUUUGGCGUGGAAGAUGUGAGGCAUACUUCUAGGAAACAGAUGAUGCCACAUUUGCCACAAGACAUGAAGUCAAUGGUUUUUAUCAGUCAGUCCACUAAAUCUCAACAUGCAGGAGCAGGAGAGAUUUAAGAGGGAGCUGAUGAAUUGACCUUUCCGUUUCGUCUGUUUCUUAUCUCAGUAAGAACCCCGCUGACCUUUUCAGCCACAUAUCAAGUCUGUGGUCCCCCUUGUCUCCUCGUGCCUCUCCAACUCAACAUGAACAUAGCUCUCCAAAAUGAGUUUCAUCUCCCGUAUGUGCUUCCGUCUGUGCUGAUCUCAUCUCAUUCACAGCUACUGCCAAGGAAGAUACACAAACAAACAAUGACAUACCAUUUUCCUUUGGGAACUGAAGCUGUUUGAGAGCAAAUUUCUCUACUUCUCACUGCUGAGGUGGAAGUGGAGGUAGUUGUUUUGGCUGUUUGCUGCUCUAAAGUAUUCAGACAGGGGCUGUGAUACGGGGUUAUUGUCUCAUGUACGUGCGCUGAAACAACAAGAAACCAAUUAUUGAAGCAAACAAAGUCGCGGAGGUCAUUACACUCAUUCACCUUGCUAGUUUUUUUGUUUUUCUUUUUUUACCUCCAUCACCUCAUUAAUUCACUGAAAUAGAAGUAAUUUCACUCAGGGUGAGUCCCACUUAGUCGGAUGACAUCAGCGUGGCGUCAUCCAUGAGUAAGACCCAGCCUUGUCUUGGUGCGUGUUGCGCUUUCAUAUGCUCAUCAGGAUCAAAGGCCGUCAGCUUCAAUCAGACUGGAGGAGUGACGGCGAAAAUGAACUACAUGCCUUGAGUAUCUCAGUGCCAAUCCCCAGUGAACCAGAGCAUCUGUUUAAUGAAUUGGACCCGGCGUAAGAUGACUCAGAUGUUACGAGUGUGUGUAAAGAAAGGAGGAAAAGCACGUUAUUGUGGCUUGGGGGGCGGUUAAAUAUAUUCUGUGCUGCUCUUUUUGUUUGUACCAAUACCUCAGCCGGUAAACAAAGGACAAAAGACGCAUAUUUGUCUUCCCCCAUUAUUAUUAGCCAUGACUUGUUGCCCUCAGUAUAACUCAGAACAUUAUGCAUUAAGCAGCUUUUUUUUUUCCAUAAGCAUGACUGUUUAUGGAAAUAUCAGUGUGCAUGUGUGCAUAGAAAAUGGUUGUAUAGUCAGAAUUAUUUAGUCUCUGUCCAAAUUGCUUCGCAUCAGCGCUUGAUUGCUGCAAGUGUGUUUGCAUGUCUGUGUAUGUGGUCGCUUUUUACCGAAUAGUAGAUCUGGGGCUGAUGGAUUCUGCUGUCAACUUCUGUUCCCGCAUGUGUGAGACUCUGCGUGUGUGUGUGUGUGUUUAUCUUGUGCAUGUUUGAGAACAGACCUGACAGCUUGUGCUUUUCACUACAAACAUUGGUGAAAACAAAGAGCUAUGGGAAACACACAGGGGGCCGUGCAUCUGCAUCCAGGGUGCUUCUUAGCUGAUUAUGUGAGUUUAAGCAGACAGAAGGGCCCUCAUUAAUUUAUUGCCAUUCACAAUAACACAUCUUCUCUUCUCCUCCCAAUUAGUGAGGAUUGUGUGCUGGGAAAGUCAGAUAUUUCAGCGAGGAACAAAAUUCAAUACCGCGGGUGUAAUGAAUAUGAAACAUUUAUCUUUUUAAACUAAAAAAAAACUUUAUUUUUUUUUAUUUCAACUGAAAUGAGCAUAGUUACAAUAUUUAAAAUCAGGUUUUAUUCUGUAUGUCCUUUUCUAUGCUUUUAUUUUUCAUUUUCAGCCAAGUCGUUAAAGUAAAAGGUAUUUGUUAUCGUACACCACUCAAAAUGUUAAAAUUACAGACGCUUAGUUGUGAACUUUAGCUGGAAAGGACACAAAAAUGCAGUUAUUUCUACCUACAUGUUAAAAACCUCAGGAGACAUUCUGGACAGUUACAGGUAGCAACAUGGACAAAAUUCCACUGAUUGCUAUGGAAAAAAAACCAGGAUGUAGAUUCUUUCUCGGUAACUAUGAAUUUGACCUUUCUCCAGCAGAGGGCACUCUUAGCGUAACCUGACUAUUGCAUGUGCUUGGUAACAGUCAUGACCCCACCUCAUGGAACUAUUGUGGGUUAUAAUAGAUGGCAAAAUGAAAGAGACAGAUAUGGCUGUUUGUUGACUUUAUGCAAAGCACUUUUAUUAUUUGUCAAUCACGCUGAAUCUUUGGGACUGUCUGUAAGGCAGGAGGAGGAGGAGAACGCACCACAAUCAAGCUGAAUUUAAAAUAUUUACUGUCCUAGUUUUUCUGAGGUAGAUCAGGGAUUUUACGAGUAGCUACUGUUGUAUUUAGAGCAGUAUCCCGAGUCACUACUACUUUGCAGAGGUAUACCCAAAUGAUUCCUGUGUGAUGGGAUAUCAACACUCAUUUACAGUCUGAACAGCAACAGUGAAUGAAGUUAUAGAGUGAUCAUAUGGAUUUUUUAUGUUAUUCUGGUGAGUACUCUGAGUUUGACUGCUCAAAGGAGGGAAAAAAAGUCCAGCAAGUUUUGGAAACAGACAACAAAAAGAGAAAACAACAUGCAUGGAAGUGUCCCAGUUAAGACUCAGAUCUCUUCACAGUUUUUGAGUCUUGAUGUCUGAAUGAUUUCAAUUUGACUCCAGUUUCGUAUAAAAUAUUAAUGUAUAUCUAUCUCUGCUCGGGAGUGCAUGAACUUCACAUUUAAAAAAAAAACAAAAAAAAAAACAGAUAUAAAAAACAUAUCCAACAUUUCCUCUUCAGAGUUCUCCCUGUUUCAACCAAAGACAGCAAAAUGCCCCAAAAAUAGGAUAUAUUCUUUACUGUUUUCUCGUGAAUGAAACCCCUGCUGUCUGUUUGUCUCCAGAGCUGCAGCAUGAGGAUGAAACUAAGUAAUAAAUUUUCUCUACUGGUGAAAUGAAAGAGGACCUGACAGAACACACAGGCUUUCUCUUAUCAGUGUGAUACAAUGUGUUCUGCGUCCAGUCUCCCCCCAGCCACAAGAUAUCAGCUCUAACAUCUCCGCUGACAUUUGGAGGAAUAGGAUGGUGUCAGGGCCAGGGCUGCCUGCGUGAUCUAUAGUCGAUUAAAAGAGGCGACAAAGCCUCCUGUUUUUGAGGAAAAUGCUUUCAGAAGGACCUUUUCUUCCUUUUUGUUUGUUUGUACUCCACCUUCUUUCUUUUGUUACUUUCAUACCUUCACCUCUGCAUGAGUGUGGUGCCUCAGGAGGUUUGAAUAAGACUGUGACAGGUGUGUGUCCGUGAGCACACUCCCCCCUGGCUGCGUGAGAGGAUGACUGAUGCAGAAGCAGGUCAGGAGAUCAGUCUGUGUGUAUGUGUGUUUGGGGGGUGAGGAGGGGGGUUGGGUCAGACGCUGGGGGGUGUCUGGGUGACAAAAAGCCCCAUGGGUUAGGCAGCCAUACUGGGUGUCACUCCACAGGUCAGUGGGCACCCCCUGCGGCUCUAGUGAUAAGCCCGGCCUGUCAGCCGUUUGAUGGGAAGGGCAACACAGACUCACACCUCCUCGCUCCCUCCUCCUCGCACGACCGGGCCCUGAGGAGGAAGGCGAUAAGGAGCUCCAUGAAUGUGACACUGCAGCGCAUUCAGCUAUCUCAUGAGGAGCCAGUUUAUCAGGGAUUAUUAGCCAGAGUACAAAAGGCAGGCAACAACCUUUUAGCUGUUUUUAAAUACAUCUGGAGGGCCUCUGGGUUUUUGACUGUGAAGGAGAGUUUUAAAGGGCAAAGUUUGGAUGUUUGAAGUGGAGUUAUGUGGGUGAUUUUCUAACAGAUUUUGUGUAACCCGCCAUUGUACCACAGCAGGGGUGAAGCAAUGGGGAUAGGAUAAGCCUGGGCGAUUUAGCAAAAAAAAAAUGAUCACGAUGUAUUUUGUCAUAUCAUCCGAUCUCGAUUGUCAUGAUUUCUUUUUAAACUGCCAGUUUUAAAGUAUCUGUACUAAAAAUUAAAGAAACUAACGAUUAGUUUAACAUUUUAUUAACAUACAAAGUAAAUAACAAAGGAAAUUAAACAAGAUAAACUUAGAAAAAUAUAAACCAUUUUAUCUCAACAGUACAACAAAAGUAGAUAAAUACUAAAUAAUACAGUGAACUAGUUUAUUGUCCUGAGUGUUUUUGCAGGUAUGCAAGACCCAAAAUAAACAAGUUGCCCCUCAGGGAUAAUGAAGACGCCUUAAAUGUAAACAUUAGGUGAUGUGAUUGAUCGCUGCUUUGGUCUGGUGGCUGCACCGCUAGUUGUGGCUAAACUGCUAAUGCUACUCGUGCUGAUAGCAGUGACAGGCUGUACAGACUCCGCUCACAUUUUCAUGCUUUUCGCAUAAUCACUCGGGAAGUACUUCUUCAAAUGAUUAAACAGAUCUGUUGUGUUGCCGGUUUUUGAGGGCACCGACCAGCGACAUAGCUUACGCAUCGACUUAAUUGCUCGACGUCACUUUGGAGAUACCCGAACCACCGCAACACAACCUACGUUGAAUAACUCAAAGUCACGGCUGACAUCUAUUUCGCUGCCCUCAGCUCCGUGUUUACCUCCAUAUUCGGUCUUUCUGUUUACUUCUCUGGCAACUUAAGAAGUGAGCAGGAAAAGCUCGACUCUGAUUGGCUGUUGCACAUUUCCUCUAUGUUUGAUCGAGUAAAUAUGCUCACAGCUGAUCACCGUGAUCGAACUUAAAUUUAUCACGAUCAUCGAUCACGACUAUAUAAUUGCCCACUCCUAGGAUAGGAUCACCUUCCAAAAAUUUUUAUCCACCUACUGAUUAAAUCUGUGCUUCAUAUAAAAACUGAACUGCUUUGAAAAUUUUACUGUUGAAAUUUGCUCUCAGGUCCCUCCUUUGGUACUGUAUUUUCUGGACCAUAAAACCCCUGCAAUUGCUUGCAUGCCAGGCAAUAUCCUGCUGAAUAGCUGUACGGGUCAGUGAUAAUAAGGAAGAAAGCAAGCUAAGGAAGAAAAUUAACAUAGGAAAAGGCUGUUUGAAAGCAAAGUGAAGCAGUUACAAGUUAACCAAACACAGCUAACUUACAAUUUAUUGUUAUUCUCUGGAUCAUCUUCGCUUGUUUACUGGAGCCUUGUUAUUGGAGUUACAGCCCUGAAUAGUGGUGUGUGGCUGUGCUACAGCUUAGACACAGCACAUGACGGACACUGAUUUCAGCCUUACAGUAAUGAAAUAUUAAUAAAUAGUUUGACUGGCUUGUAAUUCUAGCGCUGAAUUGCAAGGGAGACAAUGUUUAAUCUGCUGGUUGACUAGACUCACACACUCCAGCUCCAGACACCGUGCACAGCAGACAAAAACAUCAACAUCCUGCAUGAAAGACAAUGGCUGUAAUGAAGUACCUCAUACAACCACAUCCAAACCGAAAAGGAAAAAGACACAUUACCAAACUACCCCGUUAAGUCCACAGAGAUGUGGCUUCAUUGUUGCUGCUGCUGUCACAGUGACACACUGACACAGUUCCAAAGGGCUCGCUUUUAAUGAGCUGCAUUCGCAAUGAGAGCAUCACAAUGGCUUUUUAAACUGCAGCCUUACUUGAAUGAAAUCAAUGGCUCAUCAAUGCAGGGUGAGUUUUAGUUGACACCUCAGUGCAAAUGAAAUUCAGUUUGAUUGCAAAAUCUAUUUUAAAGUCCAAUCCUAUUAGAAUGUGAAGUCAACGGGCCUGCGGGUUAAUUGAUUUGCAAGACAUGUUUCAUUUGGAUGAGUUAAUCAAAUCUCCAUGAAAUAAAUCCUUUCAGUUUCUGAUGAAAGCAAAAAAGAACAUGCCAUUCUAAGACUAAGGCACACUUCACUUUCUAUUUAUCAGUACAAAAAUGUGAGAGAAAGAGGAGUCUAUUUUUACAACCCGACACAUUGUUGUAAAACAGCAGCAAGCAGAAGUUCACAGAAGAAAGUGGAUGAUAUCUUAUGAGGUUGGAAUGGCGACUGUGUUUUCUCCCCCGCAGCACUGCAGUCAGCCCAGCACCUCCUACACAACGCAGAUCCUCACACAGCCAGGCCUCCUUCCUCACUCCUCACUCCUCACAGCCUCAGCACUAGCAGGCGGACUGGCAAACUGGGAGGGAGGGGGGCACCAGCCUUAUUCUGCUCCUUGUUUGUAGGAAUGUGAAGUUGCAUUAUGAGAUAGAGUUGUAAAAACUGAGAAAUUACUAACAUAGAGGCGUUUUUUCAAAACAAAGCUUAAAAACAAAGGGGUGUAAACCGGGGUUAAACUUUUGCCUUUUAUUUCAAGGCGACACAUUCAUUCACUAUUGAUUAAUGUACACAUCAUGUGGGUUGUGACUAGGGGUGUUGCAAUACAACUUUUUUACUUAUCAUACGAUAUUGAUAUUGCAGCCUUCAGUAUUGGUUGAUACCGAUAUUGAUCCGAUAUUGGCACAAAUGUGUAAAUAAGUUUUGCACUCAGCUGCAACGUAUUUUUCUGACUUCAACUAAAAAUUCUGCCACACAGCCGACAUCACUCCAACUCUUUGCUACUUUGUUAGUACCUUAGUACACACUGUUGUUGUGAUCACAUGAGCUGUGCAUCCUGGAUCCAGGUACUGCUGGAUAGAAGUGCUGGAGUGGAGUCUGGAAUGGACUGCUUGUAUCAGAGUGCUUAUAUUGGAGAUUUUAGAUACAGGCUGAUAUCCGAUAUCAAUUUUUUUGAUGCUAUUGGACCGAUAUCCAAUAUCAGUAUCAGAUCAGGACACCCCUAGUUGUGACUUUGUUGUAAACUCUAUGUCUAUGUAGAUGAAAUAAGCAUGACCACGUGGAGCAUGUUGGGUCACGAUAAGCCUGAAAAAACACACUAAGUCAAUCUUUUCCACAUAGGAAAAUUGCUCUGUGUUGACCCUCCACCAGUCAUUUGGCUUCGUAUUCAAGGAUGGGGUAAUUUCCUGGUAAAACUUCUCAACCUCUGUGUCCAUAGUGGCGUUUAGGGAAUUGCCCCCUUAAAAAAAAAAGAGCUGCUUCUUGCUGAUUGAUAUCAAUAUUUCAUUUUUGUUAAAACACUAUAUUGCCCAGAUGCAAGCUUUGUCCAUGAACUUAUGGGUACAUUUAGAGCUUUCAGGUUUUGAUAUCUAUUCCCGCUCAGAGGAUCACUCCCCUCGACUAAGUGAUCCGAACUGUGUGAAGAAGAUCGGGAAAGAUGAGACUGGAUAAUGUCUGGGGAGCACGGAGCCGUAGUCCAUUAGUGUCAUCGGCGUGUCACUUACUCUGAGUGUCAUCGGUCCGUGUCAGUUUCUCUCCUCCGUUUGUCAAAUAUGAGGUGGGAGUGGCUGCUGUCAUUGCUCAGACAGGCUGAGAUUUUUCAAAGAAAAAAAAACAACAGACAGUGAAUGAUCGAUGCCACAAGACCUUACAAGUCUGUGACUCAUGCAGGUUAUUAAUACAUUGUGUAAGGUUGCAUAAAUGUACAACAUCGGUCUGAAAUUGCCAGCGGUUUAUAGGAAUAGCAGUUUAAAAAGAUCUGAUUUGAAAACAGUGUUUUCCUCUGAGGUUUGCCUAAGAGUGCAGCACAGAGGUAAUCAAUACAAGAAUGUCUGUUUUUAGAUAUGAGUACAUUUCAGACUGUUGGUAAAUUAAUCAAUAACGGAAUAUGUUUGAGAUAGAGAGACAGGAGGAUGGGAUGAAGAUGGGAUCCUUCCUCCACCUCAGGGCUGCUGUUCAUCGGGGGACUGACAGAACGCUGUAAAAUAAAAUAAAAAAGGACAAUGAGCAAGCAGAUAUCUCCCACAUGACACUCUGACACACUUGCAUAAACCCCCCCUUCAGACUACAAAAACACACAGAGGCAGUGAGUACACACCAAGACAUCAUAUUUUUUUCAGCUCUCCACCAGAUUCCCCCGCUCUAGGGGGAAAGUUGUAUUUCAGGAACGAGGGAGUCUGGAAAUAUCCAGGUUGCUUGGGGAAAAAAACUAUCACGCUUGCUUGUUUUUUGAAUUUGGCAGUCUCACAACUGAGGGAGUUCCGUUUUCCAUUCUGUCUCUGUCUGACAAGUCCACACUGCAGCCAACACCUCAGCGAUGGCCCCAGGUGAAUCUGAGAUAUAUGGGUUUUCUCCAGCCAGAAUACCACCACUCAAGGCUAAAGCCUGAAAAAGUCAUUCAUCUCAAACAUGAAGGAUUUUUCAAUACAGACGUCACUUCUCACCAUAAUUCAAUAAAACAGAUCAUAGAGGGAAAUAUGUAUCCAUAACACAAGCAGGCUUUAUUAAUACACAAUGCCCCCCAGGAUAAAGCUGGAAUUUAUGCUCCAAAUACAGGCCACUAGGGUAAUAAAUAAAACCUGGAGAGGGGCUGACAUCCAGGUACUGCCAUGUUUUGGAGAAAAAGACAACAAUAUUCUUUGUAAAAGCAAAAUCCAAUCCUUCUACAUAAUUGUUACUGAUAAUGCAUGAAUAGUUCUCCAGAUAAUUAACACUUUAAGGAGGCUGACUUUCCACAGAGGGCCAGAAAGAGAAGAUAUCAUCUCUGAAGGAAGUAAUCCUUGCAGUAGCAUGUGUUUGCCAAAUUGCUGCAGCAUAUUUAUUAAUGAAUGCUGUAUCUGCUCGUUGAACAGGUGGGUUCAUUUGAAAGUCAAUUGCAAACAGCUCUCCUGUCUAAUUUCAAAUGAACUCAGACACACCGGGCUAGCUAAGCGACAGAGGUACUGUUUUAUAGUGAAUUAAAUUACUUUGUCCAGUGAUUCAGCUGCACUGUUUCAGAAAUGAAGAAUGUUUUUUGGACUGAUACAUUUCAUUUUUACUUUUGGUUGAUUUCAGAACAGUUGCAAACAACAGCAAGGUGCAUAGAUUGAAAGCAAAAGAAUAGAGCCAGUUUCUGCAUUAAUCUGCCUAGCAACACAUGAUACUCUAUUCAAAACUAAAUUUUACAGAGCUCAUUUAGACAAACAGGGCGGCAACCACUUGAGCUCCCAAGAAGUUACUUUUCUACAUGAUGAAACACAUACUUUUAAUAUUUAACUGUUUUAUUUUACUGUUUUCAUGUCUCUGUUGUAUUAUUUUGGGUUUUACAUUCUAUGUAAAGCGUCUUUGAGUGUUUUUAAAAGCGCUGUACAAAUAAAAUGAAUUAUUAAUAUUAUUAUUAUUAUUAUUAUUAUUAUUAUUAUACUAGCAUAAGUUUAAACAGAGCCAAGCUAGCUUGAUCAUAUGCUAACCAUUUACUAGCCCUAGCUUCAUACUUUAUAGAGGACAACUGUUUGUAACCAACUGCCUUAGCUGAAGCUGAAGAAAUCUGCUGUCAUCCAUGACCUUCAUUACCUGAAGGCAGUAAUGGAGGCUAUUUAGUUUGUCAUAGCUGCUGGGUUCUGGGGGAGGGUAAAUUAGUGCAUCAUCUGCAUAAUAGUAAAAAAGAAACAUGUUUCUUUAGAUAAUAUGUCAAAGCAAAUAGAUAGAGAAGAAGAUAGCACCAGGAAUUGAACCUUGGGGGACACCACAGGGAAUGAGGACAGAUGACAGAUAAAUUUGCCCACUAGAUUUGAGACACUAGAAGACCUGUUGCAUAGAGAGAAAGAUAAACAGUCUAAAGCCUUGUGUUGUAACCUGUCAAUAAGAAUACCAUAAUCUACAGCAUCAAAGGCUGUAGAGAGAUCCUAGAGCACGGCUGCCAGUAAGUCAACUCAGCCACACCUCUAGUUAUGCAAAUCUUUGUGUGGCUCAUUGUCUCAAUAUCUUCAAAAUGGUAAAGUUAUAAUCAAAAAAGUCACUUCCUGUACAUAAUGUAUGAAAUAAAACAAUGGUUGGCGGAGGUGUUAAUGGAGAUCUAUGCUUUUGCAGACAACCUCAAGUGGACGCUUGAAGAAAUUGAUUUUUUUUUUUUGCCCAUUUGCAUUGACUCUCAUUUCUCUUCUAGAAAUCUUUGAAUGCAGACAAAGAAUCCCAUACAAAAAUAAUGGCAUAGAGGUCGGUAGGGUUCAUGAAUAUCUAUAAUACUAAAUACGAUUAAGGUGUUCAUGAGAGAUCAGUCUAACAGGCUUUUACCUGGAAGGUCUCGAUAUCCUAGAAGAAAUUCUCUUUGACUUUUCUUCGAACCAGCAGGAGACCCUUUGUCAAGUAUCCCGCUGUCUCCACAUGGACUGUGUUUCGGCGCCCACUGAGCUGUUAUCCAACUAAAUGUUGAUCCUUGGCAGAGAAUUAAAUGUGCAAAACAGAAUGAGAAACUACAAGUGCCAGAUGUGAGGGAGAUUUAACAGGUUGCCCUACUGCUGCUUGGGACCAAUUAGCAUUUGUCAUGACCGACUUCCACCCUGCUACUGCUCUGUGUGUUUUGGGCACAGAUUUCUUUCACCUCCAAUAUGGUUGAGAUUUUAUUAUCUUCACUAAUUAUCUCCAUCUACGGCCCUCCUCCUCCGCCUCUUUCUAAGUCCUAGAAUUGUUAUCAGAAAAUCACUGCACAACAGACGCUUAGCUCCCAAGCAGUUGCGCUCAUCUAAUUAUAAAACACUAGGUAAAUGUUGAGCAGAUGCCCUCCACCACUACCCCCACCCUCCCCCUCUGUGCCUUCCAAUAGAGAGCCAUUUGGUCGGAUUCUAGUGUUACAUUGGCUCCACAUGGAGUGGGGAUCCUUGCCAAGUGGCUGUCGUGGUAUAAAUGAACUAAUAGCUCGCCAACUUUACACAAAACGUCCAGCAGAUUAGAACAAAAGAAGAACUUCCUCUUCAGCGAAAGUGGUCUGCUACUCCCUGCUGAGGUGCUCGACUCCUCAGCCUCCCUCAGCUUCUGGUGUCUAGUGAAGGAGUGUGCUGCUUCUGUAGAGAAGAGGCAUGUGUGGGAUGGUGUCAGAGGAGGCUGCAAAAUCUCCUAAUGACGAAUAGCUUCAGUGUCCUUGUGCCUUUCACUUGGCAGGGCCAUGAAACAAUUAGGCAUCUGUUAGUGGUGGAUGAAAUAUAAGGUAAAUAAACAGCAAGGGAAGACAGGGAGAAAAAAAUUAGGCUUUACUAGAAAGUAGAGCAGCCAGGAAGCUUCAGAAAGCAAACUUAUUGGCUCCCUGUGCAUCAUAUGGCUUUGUUCUGUUGUACUGUACUCUGCUGCACAUGCUGUCCUUGAAUUUCUACUAUCCUGUUUAAUCCCCGUAGAUCUUUCCCUGCAAUUGCUUUGCCCCGCUCCUUCAAUAUGAUUAAAUAUCCUCAUACAUUUCCACAUCCUUUUCGUGUUUUCGAUCUGAUUCCACUUCCCGUCUAUUCUUAAAAUAUUUAAAUGAGCUGGUUGGUUUUGGGAUGUUAUAUGCACAUCAAGCUAGGCAAAGCAGCAAGAAAAAGGAGAAAGGCACAUAAACACUUAGCAGAAAUCUUAUAUAUUUGGUAAUCAUAUCAUCACAAUGCAAUAGCCCCUUUUUAUCAAAAACACCCGCCCUGUUGCAGGUGAAGUAGCAUUUUUGCACAUUACUUGGUAAAAAUGUUAAAUUGUGAUGAGCAUCGGAAAAAAAAGGCCAAAGUUAAGUCCGCAAAGUUCCUACCAAAGCAUGUAGAGGAUUGCACACAGGGAAUAAUGACAAAGCCUGUGGAUAUGGCAGCAUGUUUCAUCACACUGAGUUAACUUCUUGCGGCAGAAAACUUGGGUUGAUUUAUCAGACUUCAAGGUAGACAUCAUGCUGUCUCUUUCUCCUCUCCUCCUCCUGUUUUCACAUCCUGCUCCUGGCUUCAUUACCCCUCAUACACACACUCUGUGCUGGGGAGGCAGAGCAGCUGUCAUCUCUGUCUGGCAGGAGUUUCCCUCCUGUCCGCCUCAGACACAAGUGACCUGUUCCUGUCUGCAAACCUGGACAGACAACAGCCCUCGCUGCAGCUUGUACGCUCCAGGUGUGGGUUCUGGGUAUAAGCUUCAUUGGGAUCUGGAAGCAUUGCUGUGAUUGCACUUAAUAGAUGAUUAAAUUUUAAUCUUGGCCUCACAGUGCCGUGGAUAAAAGCCUUAUAAAACAAUACUGAAUUUGUGCACAGGUAGGAUUAACUUGAGGAGUAAUCACAUGCCUGUGCACACGAAGCAUCCAUUACACAGUCGGACUAUAAAUCUGCUUUGGAAUUAACCAGUGAGUGGAGGCUGAUUGCUGUAGCGGUCCCCUCUCACUCUCAGGAAUGAGAAUAAACGAGCGGACGCUGGCAUGAACAAUCCUUUAUUACACCCAUUAGCCAAAGGAGCCACCGCCUUAUGAAACAGGGGACACCAAACAUGCAGCCCUGUCGUCACAUUCAUGGCCUACUUAUGGUUCCCAUGACAGUGUGAAACCCCCCCUCCUCUACUCCUAUCAUUGCCACUGCCACACAUGCAUACUAUUACCACAUUACCCGGCCCCAAUCGCACAUCCGUUUGCACAUUCGGUGGAUGCUGAACAGUCGGCUGUGCUACUCCCUGUAAUGUCAAAAUAUUUCUGAAGCGCCAGCUAAUAAGUGCGGCUCUGGAGAGCCUCCACGAGCUCAAUAUGUUCAUCAACACAUUUUUUUUUUUUCAGUUUUGGAGAAACUUCAAGAGGCGGCAGAAUCAUUAAUCAGGAAGUUUGCUUCAUGUUGCCUGUAAAUCAUUGCACGUAUUCCUGGAUGAACAACACCAGCCAGGUGCUGUUAAUCAAGAUGGGUUUGUUUGUUUUUUGCAUACAUUAAAAGUGCCAGGUGGACUAUUUUUCAUUAAUGUAUUCUCCAUCAAGAGCAGGGUAAUGUUACAGCUCAUUUAGUGUGCAAGGCUUCAGGUCAUAUAAACAUGUUUUGACAGGUGUUUCAUUACAUACUGAAUGGACUGGCUGACAUUGUUGUGGUUUGUAUUAGAGGUUACUUGUCCCUGCUGUUCGGACAGAGAUUUUUUCAUAUGAAGCAUUCGCCUGUGUGAAUGUUACACAAGUACAGCAGUUGGCCUGGAGUGCUCUCUGUUAACAGAUCACAAUACUCAGACAUGUGUUGUUGACAUUUACAUCUCCAUUCAAAACACUCUCCAACUGCACUCUACUGUGAUACGCCACCUGUCAUUUGUGCUUGUUUACAUCCAGAUAGUGGAGCAUUAUGACAGUUGCCAUCAACCAGAGAUUCAUCCCUGACUAGUGACUGAUUAUUGCAACACUGCAACGAGGGCUGCAAUGAUUAGUGGACAUUGUCGACAAUGAAUUCCAUUGUCGACUGUUGUCACCAGAUAUGUUUUUUCCAGUGCAGUGAGGCAUCUUACUACAUUAUGGUCUCUGCCUAGAGUCGCACAAACACAAUAGUGUCUCCACUGAGCAGUAGGGUAUUCAAACAUGAUAGCGCUGGCCAUCUUCACUUCAGCCUGGAUAAGGCGAAAAUUGUAAAAUUCAAGCAAAAAUUCAAAAUUAUUUGAUUAGUCGACGAAUCGUUACAAUAGUUGGUGACUAGUGGACUAUUAAAAUAGUUGUUAAUUGCGACCCUUUACUGCAACAUACUGUAUAACUGGCAUUUUGGGCCAACAAUAAUACAACUUCUAAUCAUUCAUUCAUUCAUUCAUUCACUCAUUCAUUCAAAAAAAGGCAAGUGACUCUGAUUGGCUGGUUAGAAAAGGAAUAAGAGUGGUCUUUUUGGUAGCUGAAUGCGAACAACAGUCAUAUGGACUGAUAUACCGUUGAUUGUGUUUAUGUUUAUUAUUUCAUGGAGCUUUGGUGACCAAUUGUUGACUUCAGAGGUUGAGCAAUCUUAUGGUGUAUGUUUACUUAAAAUUCAAUCUACCUGCUUUUGCUCUCCAUACAGAUUACUUUACAUCUAGGUCUGCUGAUACUUCUUUGACCAACACUACUGGACAGGAAACUCUGAAAUACUGAAAAGUGUCUUGAAAUGUAACGCUUUGUAAUCUAUGAAGACGGAAACAGCCAGGUUCCUGUGAGUGGGUCAAGGUUUCCUGUAGUUUUUUUCAAACACAGUUACAGUAUUCUUCAUCAGGUAGACAGUAGCUUUUGUAUCCAUCAUUUCUGCCUCCACUCUUUCAACACUGUAAUCAGGACACAGUUGGAAACCGUGGAUUACAUCCAAUUUCCUCUCACAUCCCUUUGUUUAUUGACCUGGGGGCCUAACAAGAAGUAAGACUCAAGAGGGUUGAGAGAAAAACCACAGGCAUUGACUUUUCAAACCUCUCUGCCACUCUCUCCGUGCCACGGAGAACUUGCAGGGGAGCGGUGAAGUGGAUUGAUUAUACUUGUGAUCACUCUUCUGAGAUAAUGUCCUUCUUUUUAAUCAUGCAUUGUGCCUCUGCUCUUUACAAGGAUAAGAUUAUCAUCAGCAACUUCAUCACUGUCUCAUUGUAAAUGCCGUCCUAAUUGGACAGCUCUGCUUUCAGUUGGAGGGUUUGAUCUUAUUUACCGUUGUGUGUCCUUCAACUGACACAGGAUCAGUUGUGGGAUUUUCAGAUGUCUGUUUUUUUUUGUUCAUGAACAUCAAUGAAGGAUUUUUGCAGCUAUAAUGAAGAGUAUUCGUUACGUUGUGAUGGUAAUGACUACAAAACUCCCUGUACUUCUAAAACAUCCUUUUAUAAAAUCAUAGCGUUUGCAGUAUUUGCUGCAUGUUAGUUGAUCCCCGUGGUGUUGAGCUUCGCAAAAUGCUCUGAAGUCAAUAACCCUGUAUUUAUUCAUCGUGCACCAGAGAGGUCUUAUAAUCCUGCAACACCAUAAACCAGGCGUUUUAUCAAAAACACUAGGCAUUUACCUGCCAGGCAACUCCCACCUUUUUUAUUUCCCAGGGACAUUUCCUGUGUUUGAAUUAAGAUUUAAAGAUGAGUUAGGUGCACAAAAAGCCUGAAAGUGAUUUAUGAUUUAAGCCCUCACAGCCACAGGCAAUCAUCAGUAAUCCUGUCCUUUUGUUCCCUUUGACAUUGGCAGAAUUGACCGAACCUGUUCGCUACUGCUCUAUGAGGCGCUCUUGAUUUCAGUGGUUGGUCCUCUUGUCAAGUCCAUUGUGGUGGUUGACAUUUGUGAUGGGUCACUAAUUACUUUAUUUGCCUCUUAGGGAAAGUGUUAAAAACAGUGGCCUCAGGCUAAAGGUACCCUCAGUAACACACUAUACGUGCAAAAGUGAUUGUUUUUUGCCCUGACUGUUUUCCCUCUGUAGCAGGUAGACUUAAAUUGACGUGUUCUUUUCUUCUGCCAUCUUUCCCCCCCUCUCUCUCUAUUUCUCUCUCUCUCUCUCUUUCUUUUCUGUGAAACCCCACUGUCACUGGCUCCCCAUUAAUGGCUAACAGGCAGAUCAGUAGCCAGCCGCAGGGGUCCAGACUGACCUUUUAAACCCUCCUGGUUUAUUGUUUGCACUGUCAAAGCUCCACGUGCCACCGUCUGACCUCCACUCUCAUUCCAAAAGCAGCGACCGUACGACAGCCUCGCAGGCAAAGAGCCGGUAAGAGAUGAGAGAAGACGGGGAAGUCAGACGAGGCGCCUUUGUUGUGAUCACGAGUGCGCCUGCAUUAUGUAAAUAGUGCUUAUCCAGUGCUAAUUGCCUCUGCCGCCAGGACGAGCAUAUUAAACAUGAAAGAAACAAUUUAGGGCUUUCAUAGUCUCCUCAGACCACCCAGAAGAAGACCAGUCGUGGCAUUUGAAGGUACCACAUGAACAAUCUGCUACUGGUAUCUCUUUGUCUGCUUUUUAAAAGCCAAGGGAAAUAGCAGAUAAUGAAGGAUAGAUGGGUUCAUCACAACUCAGAUCUUAUUUUUCUUUCUUUAUGUCAGCUGUCGUCGGAAAAAGGAGACAACUCAGCAAGUUUUUGACAAGAUCUGUAAAUUUAAGAAGUCUGAUCCGAGUAAAAGUCAGCUACAAUAUGGUUUGAAUAGAGAUCCAACUCUGGGUCUGCGAUAGGGCUGGGCGAUAUGACCUCAAAUCAAUAUCACGAUAUAUUGAGAAGUUCACCUCAAUAACGAUAACUGGACGAUAACUACUCCACAAGCUGCUCACCCCCUCCCACAUCAACUUCAGUAAAUUUUCAAUUUAUCGCCCAGCCCUAUAUUGGCGUACCAGUAAAAGCAAAAAUCUUAAAACAACCAGAUAAAUUAUGAAAGAGGUAAACAGCAAGAAUUUCAAAAUAAAAGCGUACAUGAGCGAUGAUGACGUAGAUCAAUGUUUAGACUUUCAAUUGAUUUGAUUGGUUCCUUCUUCUGUCUACAAGUAUGAUGGGGAUGUUGCUACAAGAUGAGAAAAACAACAAUUUGUGUUUUCUGGUGCAUUAUUUAUAACCAAGAAAGUGGUGGCAUGGGAAUUCCCACCAUUAAUGCAAGUAAAUCCUGAGAUACUUGGCCCUGUUAUUUAAAGUGAUGUGCAGUAUAUUCUGUACGCACGUCUUGUAUUAGUUAUACAUUUUUUUGUUUUUUUCAACAAAAUCAACAAACGAAAUUCCCUGGAGAAAUAAAAGAGCAAAACAUCUGAGGUCUAUGGCUAUGACAGAAUUGUCCAAUUUUACAUUCAGACAAAAGGAAAUUGCUGCAUCGCCUUCCUGCCUUUUUGCAUGCACUCUGCCUGAGUGCUCCAUAAACAUGAGCGGGGUCUAUUUGUCUAUUUCCACAUGAAUGGCAGGAAAAAAAGGUGUUUUUUAUGCCGCUAACUAUGAAAACAAUGCACCGUGCUUCUCCUAAAAAAUACUCUCUCUGCACUGCGAGUACGAGAAGUGAGGUUGGAUAUUGUCACUUGAUUUUUAGAGGGAAUGGCUUUGACAUUACUCUGGUCAGAUUCUUCUUUUUGACCGGGAUGACUUUCAAAGCUUGAGCGCAGAAGUGUUGUCCUCAAGAAGACAAUCAGGCAGACAGGGUGACAAACAAAGAGACAGAAAGAAAGAGGUGCAGCAGUUGCCCUGUUGUACAUUUGGUUGUACUAAGUACCUUUUUAGUGUAGAAAAUAGUCCGACUAUGCGUCUUUACUCGCUGUACCUCCUGUCUGCCUCACACUCAGCACAUUCGGAGGUGUUCCAUGACAGUACCUGCUGGAAUUUCUUCCGUCAGCAUAUGGAUAGCGCCAUUACUCCUUACAUCUUUUCACGCCAGCCAGGCCUUUUUGCUGAUCUGAGCAGCACAUAACACCAUCUUACCCCCCUCCUCCCCAUCCUCAGCACCCUCCCCAAACCAAUUACCAGUUAUCACCAAGAAGAAAGCUGUUCAUCCAUUAGUUAUUCAUCCACCCGAGUGCGGCUUUUACUCUAAUUCGAUUUUCUCACUCGAUUUUGCAUUAAAACUCACUCCAAGAUGGCAAGAUCUGAAAAGUUAAGCACAGAGAUUAACUCGGCUUCUCUCGAUCUUUUUAACAAAUACACCCUGCAUGUACCAUUAACCUUGAACAAGCUGAUUAAGUUAGCACUUCACUCCCUUCGUGAGUAUCAAAUCAUAUUCAAAAUCCGCUGCAGACUUUCAUAAUCCAGCCAAAUAGGAUAGCGCAAUUAUCACGCAUUCAGCAGUAAUCUUUAAGUGAUGAAGAUGGAAGGUCAUAUUGAUCCUGUUUCAUGGGAAAGUGAUCAUGAGCAGAAAAAGACAGAAGUGGAUAAUAUUACAAACAGCAUCAAACAAACAGAAAUAAAAAAAUGUGAACCGCUAGCCCACAAUGUUUCAUAUGCAGCAUCGUGGGACUGCUUAGUUUCCAGAUCUGUACGUUUCUCUCUGUUCUGUGAGUGUGAACAUCUGUGAGUUAACUUUAUUAAAAGGUUGAGAAGCAACAUUUCCUUAACAUAACAGUGACCAGCAAUUUGGAGUGUUGCUAAAGAACAUCAUAGAUCUCUCGUGAUCCAUUAUAUUACUCCUAGAAAAGCUAUUAUAUGAAGUUAUAAUUACUCUCAGGCAGGAGUUUUUAGCUAUCUAACUGGUAAUUACUUUCAUUACUCAGCACAAGCUUUUAAUAGGUUUGAAUCUUAAAGACUUUUAUCAAGUAGUUGCAAACUUUUUAGAUGUGUAUCCAGGGGCUGUCCACCAUUUGAAAACACUAGUUGUGAAGACCCAAACCUCUUUCAUACUCACACUAUCUGUAAAAUACCAAAAGUGCCUUAGUAAGCUGCAUGUCUCGAUGCAAACAGCAAAUUUUUUGACCCGACCUCACCGCAGAUUUUUCCCACAGGAUUAUAUGUGCUAUAAAUUUUAGGGGAGCAUAUUUUGGUUUUCUAAUAAUACAUGGUUAUUAGGGCUGGGCGAUAUGGCCUCAAAUCAAUAUCAUGAUAUAUUGAGCAGUUUGCCUCGAUAACGAUGAAUGAACCGUCCUCCAUCUCCUCACCUGUCUUUCCCUCUUGUUUACAGACUGGAUGACGUAGGACAGCAUCUUAAAGGGACAUGAGACCAUAGCCUACCUACACACAUCCAAAACCAACUUUUAUUUAUUUAUUAUUUUGACACUGAAUAUACAGAUAUGGACAAAUUGACGUUGGUUAUUGUCGUAAAUUUCGGUAUUGGUUAAUUUUCGGUUUAUCUGCCAGCCCUAAUGGUUAUUAAAACUUUCAGGAGAAGUUCACAGAAGCCCGUCAUUUGUGAUAGGUGCACAUGUAAAGGGAUUACAAUCCACGCACAGGUAUUUCUGAGUGGCUUUUGAACCUAUUGACCAGGCUCCUGGGGGGCUCACAGCAGCCAGUGGGUGUUUGAUCCUCACAUGGGCCCUUACAUUUUCACACAGCCAUGGACUCACUACCCCACUUUAAAUCCAAACUCAAAACACACCUAUUCCAAAUUGCAUAUUCACUUUAACUGUCCACUUUCACACUUGUAUGUUGUUUUUAUUUAUUUUAAUUAUGUUUCUAAUUGUGUUUUUAUGCCCUGUACAGUGUCCUUGAGUGUUCAGAAAGGCGCUUUUAAAUAAAAUGUAUUAUUAUUAUUAUUAUUAACAUGAUUUCAGUGUCCUAUUCUCCACUUAUAAACUCUGAGGAGUACCAGCAGCUAAUACUAGCACUACAGCUAAACACACACACACAAUAUGUCAGCUAGAUGGAUUUAGAGUAGAAGUCCUGUGCCAAGCCCAGAUGUGGAACAUGGGUAGAACGAUAUUCGAUUGAGUUUCCUUCACCUGUCCUCUGCUAUUCAACACUCCCGACAUUGGAUGUUGGGAAAGUUCAUGUUCAGAUCCCUUCCCUCUGUGUCCUUGUAAAAUAGUUGUCCUUGCACUUGAGCGACUACGACACAAGAUUGGACAAUAAACAUAUGUAUAAAAAAAAAUUGAGAUCUAUGAAUUUUAGAGCAGAUUGAAAGAGCUGAUGCACUCUGAAUGAGUUGCACAAUAAAGGGAGUACUCAACACAAGAUUGGUGCUCAGAGAAGAAAAUUGGCAGAAUUCAUCAAAUGUUCUCGGGGCAUAAAACCUCCACCGCAGUGUGUAGGGCCUUUAAUGUGAAAAAUAACCCAGGGGCCUUGUGGAGUGUGUUUUAUGUGGUUAGAGGGUUAAAGGAGGCCUGUACACUGGUUCAUGUAGAGAUGUUGAGGGGGUUGUCAGAUUUCCCUAGUGGCUCUCUCUCUCUCUUUCUCCCUCUUACUCUCUCUCUCUUUCUCUCUCUCUCUCACUCUCGGUUUCAUGUCAUUGGAGCGUUGCUUUAGUCACUAAGACAGUAGCGCCGACUGUCUGAGAGUGAUUUAUGCAGUCAUAAGGCCUGUACUGUAGCGGACCCUGGCCCGUAUUUUAUUCUGACACUUAUUAUUGAAAUGAGACAUUUGGGUGUAAAGAGGAGCCGAGCUGUCUUCUCACUGAGCGAGGGCGAGGUGGCAGUCAUGCUCACAUCAAAACUCAGUCUUCCAGCACCGGGGAUCACCUCAGGGACUAUUUAAUUCCACUUCUCUUCUGAACGUUCCCGUUCUCACUUGUACACAGUUUUUUUUAUUUAUGAAAAUGCAAAUUGAGUUUUAUAUGUUGAAAGAUGGAAUUGCAACAUGUUGAUGUUGUUGUGUUUGUUGGGGCUGCAAUUCACAGCGGCAAGCCGUUAAGGUGCUCUGAGCCAGAAAAGAGGAAGAGUGCAGCAGCAGUCAGUGAGCUGCACUCCCGCCUCACUGUCUUCUUCUGCUCUAUUUUUACACAGGUUCAGUUGAUAAAUAAACUGCAGUGAUAGUACAAGGACUUGUUUUUGCCAUUCAGGGUCCCAGAGGUAUAAAGCCAAGUUGAGUUUCCGGACAUUUCUGAAGCUUGCAUGGGCUUACAUCACUAAUAAAAAAGAUCCUGGGGAAAGAUACUGUUGGAUUUUUGCGGAUCUCAUUUUUAAAUCUCAUUUUGGCUAGUAGGUGUAGUGUAAUGAGGCCCAGGUUCAUUAUAGGCCAUCAUCACCCCUGAAGUAGUGGCUGCUGAUGGGUUUUCACAAUGACAGUCCUGGAAAUGCACAACUAAAUAAGUAAGAUUGUUGUUUUGCUCCUUCUUUCAUCACCUGUACUUCGCAAGAAAUGGAAAUAGCUAUUUUUUCAACUUUUCAAGCUUUUAUCUGCCAAUACUGAUGACACAGGGCGUCUCAAAAAAGAAGCAUUGAACAGAUUUGAUUUGAAGGAAAUGCUGUUGGCAUAAAUAUAGAGGUUAUCUGAAACCUCUGUGGAGUGUUUUUGACUAACGCCCUUAAUUCAAGAUCCAGGGAUCCCUAGCUAAGUACUUUUUUCACUUUCUUUUUCCUUUUUCCUUCCCUUUCUACUGUUUCACACUGAGAAGGACCCAAAAGUUGCCUAAAAGACCACAACUUCUAAGAGACUCUGAUUCAGGGAGAGAGAUUUAGGAAAGAAGAAGUUGAAACUUUUAAAGAGCUUUUGCUUCGUUGUGGAGGUUUUGUUGAGGAUCCUGUUGUGGCUCAACGGCAAAUAAAACUCUCAAUCAGUUUUUGGCAGUUUGACCCCUGCGCCCACAGCCCACAUGUUGAAGUGUCCUGUUGUAAUGUGUGAAUGUGUGUUGAUGGGUAAUUUACAUAGCAUCAUGGCCCAUCAUUGCAUCAAUGGGGUAGGUGCUUAAAAGGGUUAACUUUAUAGUCAGAUUGUAUGGACUUUGUUUUGAAACAAGGUAACUGGUUUUACAAAUAUUACUGUAAAUAAACUGUUAUAAGACCAAAACCAAAAUACUCCAAUGAACAUUUUCUAUCUUGUUUAAUCUUCACAAAAAUGGAAGAGACAACCAAGUUCUGGUUUAGUUUGUUCAAGAGACUUAAAGUUCAGAGAAACUUUGCAACAAGAGUUUAGGAUGAAGAGAACUACUACUGUCCCCCUUCCUUGUCAUAACUUUGUUUUCCCAUGGUACCUGAGAAGACUUUUCCAUGUUUUGUCAAGUUUCAUCCCCAGCAGAUUGGCGUCCCCCCAUUUUCAAAGCAUAUGAGCAACUAGUUUCAGUUUAAUUAGUGCUCUGUUGCAGGACAUCCUUUUGUAAACUGCCCUCUGCGGUAUCUCAGCCUCCUCCAACUCUUUAUCUGGUGCUUAAACACACAUGAUUGGACCCUAAAGCAGAGGGUCAUGUUUCCUGUUCCCAAAAGAUGAAGAGACAGAACAGGUUUGUAAUCAACAGCUGUAAGCUCUGCACUCCUGAGGCUGGAUGACCUACAUGUUACUCUCCCUCCAUCUGCCUGCAUACACUUAAAACCCUACAGGCUGCCACUCAAACCUGCAGGUGACGGCACACAGGAGAUAGAGAUGGUGUUUCUGAGGCCUGCUGCCUGUACAGAUGUUAAGCACAACAUGCAAGGGUAAAUGCCCAGGUUAAAUAUGAGCCUCUGAAAGCCUUGUUUACCAGGUCUGUGUCGCCAAAGUAGAAAGGUUGACCUUGCUUUAUUCACUUCAGCAUAUUUACAGUCCGACUAGGAUACAAGUCAAGACAGACCUUGGCUCUUUGUUCACAGCAUAAACUAUAAAAUUGAAAACAAAAACAAUUCAUUAGGAUUCAAAGUGCUACAUUCAUGCCAUAAAGCAAUAUAUGCGGUUAAUUUGAAAGCAUAAAAAAGCUAAUGGACUAUUAGAGUCGACUGCCAGAGGCUGCCUUCUCUCCCCGCUCAAGAAGUACAUCAAUCAAUCCUAUCAGUAAACCCCUGCAAGCUGCUGGCUGUGUCUGCGCCUCCUGCCAUUGAAAAAGGCCCUCAGCACGAGCAGUGUCAGAUGUGGCUAAAGUCGACAUCUUAACAGAUAAAGCGGCCUCUCUUUUAUACCGCUGACACAAUUUUCUGCCCCUUGGUCUUUGGAGAUACUGAUGGGCGGCAGCAGUCAAUGAGACAAAAACUCUGACAGAAGAGACGCCUGAGGAGUUCGGCUGAGCUGCUACGUGUUUGGUUUGUGUUUGCCGUCCUGGUACCUGGAGGAAUGACGAUAACAUAGGACACAGAUGAGAGGAUCUUCAGUUCUGAGAUUUGCUAAAGGCGGGAAAAAAAACAAGAUGUUUGGUGAAGUUUUCAAGUUUGUUUGCUCGUGAAAGCUCCAGACAGCUCAAAGUAGUGUGAUAUUUACUGAAGCGGAGAUUUAAUGCACUCAACUGCGCCACAAAAACAACAUUUUUGAAUGUCUUUGUCAAUACGGGACUCACCCACAAAGAAAAUGCAAGAAAAGAAAGGGAGGUUUCAUCCUUUGCUACACUCCACUAAGCUGCUUUUGUUUUGGGAAGGCUGUUGGUUGUCUGGGGAGGCUUUGAACAAAAACACAUUUCACUUCUGGCUACAGCUGCUGCAGAUCCAUGUGCAAACAGCCGGCAGAUGCGUCCUGGUCCAGUUACUCCAUCCCAGCGCAUAUUUUGUUCCAACUUCACAUUUACCUGAUCAUCUUCUGGCCCAGUUAUACAGCCAAUGAUCCCUCAUGAAAACUCCCCAUUGCUUUGUUCCAGAUCAGUAAGAUAAUUCAUGUUGACUCUGUGCGUAUGGAGAGCUUCUCAGAAGCUGCUCUGAACCUGGUAAACACUCCUGCUGCUGCUGCUGCUAAAUAAUUUGUUACAAACAGAUUUUGUUUACCAGCGUGUGCUGAUGAAUGAAUAUGUAUCUGCAUACUUUGUGUACUUCUUGUGAAACAACACCAAAAUAUUUGUCAUGAACCGACCGUACCGACCGAGUGUAGGCAUGAGGUGUAGGGAAUAAACUGUGUUUGAUUUUGUAAAGGACAAACGCACCUUGGGAAUAAAGCUGAUUGCAAAAAUAACUCAUUAAAAUUUGACAGUUUUGGUCGCCUUCAGCAUCUCAAAGCAUUCUAGCUACAAAUGCAGACAGUAAAGAUGCUCAGUAUGAACUACUCUGGCAGACUAGUACAUAUAAUAAUAAUGAUAAUAAUACGUUUAUUUCUAUAGCACUUUUAAAAACAGAAGUUUACAAAGUGCUUUGACAUGUAGUCAUAGAGCACAUGGAAAAAGAUAAAAACAAAAAGCUCAGUUAAAACGGAAUUGAAGGACAUUUUCAUGUCAGAAGGAACCCACACAAUACAAGAACCAUGCAACAUAUAAUGAGACCAUGAGGACCAAAAUAAAAUAAAAAACAGUAAGAAAAAAGGAAAAUGCAAUUAAAAGGGGGGACGAAAGCGGAAACAGGAUAGUAUAUAAAAGGCAAUUUCAACAAUGAUAAUAAAAUAAUGACAGGUAAUACUGAUAAUAAUAGUAAUGAUAAAAUAGAGCAACAGAAAUGAGCAAGAGAUACAACAAUAAAAGGCCUAAAGGGUACAAGUUUAACAAAAGCUAAAAAGACAGUAAAGCCUAAAUAAGAUAGAGGUGAAAGAGAUAAGAGACGACAGAUAAAAGAUAAAGAUAAAAGAUUAAAGACGCCAUCACAUAAAAGCAAGUCUGUAAAAGUGAGUUUUUAAAUAUGACUGAAAAGAAGCGACUGUCUCUGCAUGCCGUGCCUCUUCUGGCAGGUCGUUCCAAAGUCGAGGAGCUCUGAUGGAGAAAGAUCUAUCACCUUUAGUUCUGAGUCUCGACUUUGGAACAACCAGGAGGCCUUCGCCAGAGGAUCUGAGGCUGCGAGUUGGCUCAUAUGAUAUUAAAAGCUGUGAAAUGUAGCUUGGAGCAAGUCCUUUGAGUGCUUUAAAAGUAAUCAAUAAAAUCUUAAAAUCAGUUUUAAAACUGACAGGAAGCCAGUGAAGGGAGGCUAAAAUUGGAGUGAUGUGAUGCCAUCUACCAAAACCAGUUAAAAGCAUGUCUGUUAUCUACAGACAAUGGAGAUAAUCUGUUGUUAUCCGAUGAAACGACUGAUGAUAGCUGCUGUUAUUCCAACACAGUAGGUGGUGGUAAGCUGUCCAACAUUAAGCACAGAGAACUGAAAUUUCAAAAGACAGAAUGUGGAAAACAUGUUGAUAAUUCCUCGAUAUGAAUAAUUAUUGGGUAUCAAUAUUGCAAAAAAAAAUAAAAGAAGAAUCCAUAUCAUCCAUCUCUAAUCACAGGACAUCUGGAAGACUGCACCGACGGGAAAUCUUCUCCUCUAAAUAUCUGGGAAGCUGCAACCGGGCUUAUAGAGACCCUUCCCAUCUGUCAUAUAGAACUACAGAUCCCAGGAACUAACACCACUCGGCAGUGUGUUAGGCUGGAUAUACAUCAGCCAAGGAUGGCAAAGUCCCUCAUGCAGGAGUUAAAGCUACUUAAUAUUCCUAUGUUGAUUGGAAGAUUAAUUGUUCCAUCUGGCUCUCAUGAAAACCAGUGAGAAGGAGAAAAACAAAACCCUCCUCUUUUUCCUAAUUUCUUUCCUCUUGUUUCUUUACAGUCAUGGCGUAAGGGCUAGCAGGCAGUGAGGCUCCUAAAAGAAGGAGCCUGGGCUGGACAAGUGCUACCAGAGGGAGAGCUGGGAAAUUUGAUCAUUUUUCUCUGGGACUGUCAUACGCCAUAGGCUGCCUCAUUUGUCUACUCCAAAUCCUUUGUUUCCAGCAGGCUCCCUGUUCCAGGAUUAGCCUGCGGAGCGAAACACAAGCAGGAAAACACCACAGAGAGGGAGAGAGAAAGAGCGAGAGAGAGAGAGAAAGAGAGACAAUCAAAGGAAAUUUAAAAGCUAAUUAUUAUAGUGCUCCAUGUUUCUUUAAUACAGUACUUAACUCUAAUGUACGGGCCGCUGUAUGUAAUACCUGCUGACUGGGCAAAAAAGCAGAAUGAAAGCAGGUCCGUGAGGCGUGUGCGGGGAAGGAGGGAUGAGGAAAAGCUGCACGACAGCACGUUUAUUUUUCCCCCAAAUUGCCCCGCAGUUCCACAGGAGCGUUGUUGACCCAGUUUAUCUCCCGCUCAGGUGAUUAAUGCAGCAGCGCUACAAACAAAGGUCACAUCAAGAGGCAGGGGAGUGGGCCAGGGUACAACAAGAGCUAAGGGAGUUAUAUACGGCUAUGGCUAAGGCUGAGAAAAUAAGGUGGUUUUUGUUUUGUUGGGCAUCACUCAGUCUCCAGAGAGGGAGACACACAGUGAGAAGUGAAAACAAUAAAGCAGACACAAACACAAACUCACAUGGGAAUGAAGCAGAAUCCACAGAAUCAUUAUUAUUAAACUGCUCUCAUACACUUUUUAAUGUUUUUUAUGUGCUAGUAAUGAUGUUAGCCACGUGGAGUGUGUUAAAUUGAACGAAUAAAUUAAAGGGGCUCCCCUGAUUGUAUAAGUCGUCUAGAGAGACCCUUUAAAGUAAGAAUGACCCUGGUGAUGUCAUCAGGGGUGUCAAAGUGGUAUUUAAAAUGCAUUAUAGGCGGUGUAGCACCCAACAUUUUAAAGCCUCUCUACCUCUACUUUGUGUUUGUCUUGGAUGCAGCAUAUUGGGAGACCCCCAUGAUAACAGAGGUGCAGUAAAAAUUGCUCAGGGAGUAAGGACACAAGUGGAAAGCACAUGGACCCAAACCUCCUCCUCGCAGCAGCUGUGGCAAACACAGCCAACCUUUGUAAUCUGGACUGAAAGUCAAAUACAGUAAUCCAUUGUUGAAAUCCAUGUUCAAAUCAGCUGGUAGGGCUGGGCGAUAUGGGAAAAGUUAAUCACAAUAUAUUUUUUUCAUAUCAGUUGAUAUCGAUAUCAUGAUUUGAAAAAUGAAAUUUUACAGGUUUAUAGGUAGCAUGUCUUUUGCAAUACAAUAAGCUACUGCAUCUGUGAGGUCUUUGUGUCUCUUUGAUGUUUUGUCGAAGGGUGUUUCGGCUGCACAGGCACCAUGGGCUCCUUGCUCCGCUCGGGGUUUAUAACCUUUUGCAUUGCGCAUGCUCUGCCGCGUGGCACUGCUUCAGGUGGUGAAAAAGAUUUGAGGUAUUCCCCGACUUUGUACUCGACAUAAUUUGCAGUGCACAUUAUUCGGCUUCAUGUCUGACCUCAAAAAACCAAAAUACCUCCACACCACCGAGGUUUUGUUGCCAGUGUUGUCGACAAUGUCGUCAUCUGUUGAACCUUUAUCUGCAUUUCUGCUGUGGGUAGCACUCAUCUUCUUUUUUUUUUUACCGACAGUGCUGUUCGCGUCCCGUGUUUAAGUGCUAUGGUUGCGUGUAGCUGCAGCCUGCUACUAUGCUGUUGUUUGCUACUUGGUGCUAAUUUAACACAUGAUUGGUCCGGUGCGAAGCAGACCUGGAGCAACUCCUCUUUUCAUUGGCUAUUCGUAUAGUCUACCAAAACAUGACAGAAUGUUGACUAUCGAAAAGCAUAUUGAUCAUGUUUUAUUUUGAUAUUUAGGGAAAUUAAUUUUCGAUUUAUAUCAUUUUCAUUUUAUCGCUCAGCCCAAUCAGCGCGAUAAUGUUGGUUAACCCUCUCAACUAUAGGUAAUAUAGUUAUUUAUGUUAAGUUAUGUAAUCAAUCUGUCAUAUCAGACAUUUCACAUCUCAUCUUUUAAAUUAUUUCCAGGUCACGGGAUACUGAAGCUGAGAACCACAUAGUGUACUUUUAUUGCCACAUAUUAAUCUGCUGAGUCGAAAGUAAUCUGCUCAGAGACACAAACUGUCUGGUGUUGUAUCUGUGAUGGGGAGUCACCCAGAAACGAAACAUGUAUCUAGACAUAUUUAUUAGGAAAAAUAAAACAUUCAUGCUGAGCCUGACUUUUCAAAAGAUUUGUGCUGUCAGGUUCUAUUGAUCCUCGGCUCCGGCUGAAAACACUUUGAAUCAUUUCUCAAAGUGUAGAAGGCGUCACAUUCAGAAAAAAAUGUGUAAGAGAAAAGGCACAAGUGAGAAAUCAAUGCUUUAAAUUCCAGGGUCGGGAAGAUAAACUCUCGGUAGGAGCGCUCCGUUGGCCUCUGCAUCUUUUAUGCUCAUUUAAGGGCACACAUACACAGCGCCACUGCUUCUUGAAACUGUUGAGUGCUUGUAAAUUUUGGUCAUUUUAUUACGCUCUGAUGUGUUUUUAUUUCCAUCACCGUGUUGCAUUUCAAAACCAGUUUGUGAUCUGGGCUCUGAAACACUGCUGCUGUUUAGUUUCCCAGGCUUUUAUGUGUUCCCCCACAGCUGACACUUGUGAAUAUAUGUUGGCUUUUUCUUCUCUGGUUAUCAUUUAAGCUAAUUUGAGUCUGCUGUGCGGGCAGAAUGCUCCACUCCAAAACCAUAUUUAAAUGCAAUUGCAAAUGUAAUUAUGGAGUGUCUACCUUAAUUCCUCUCAGCGGUUAUCUAAAUUAUAAUCUCUGGUUUCAGCGUUUAUACCAAAGCACAUUCUCUGAGGUAUGGUUUCUCUUCCAAAGAAAUUACUGAUGUUAAAUGAAGCAAUGAUUUUCUUUAUACGUGCCAGCUGUAGUGCAAAUGGUUUUCAAUCUGCCAGAAAAUCCAGUCCAUUUCGUGGAGAUGAGUUUGAAGAUGGACUGAGUGAACAGAGAGGCCAUUUGGGCUUUGAUCUAACAUUCACGUAAUGUUGCAUCAAACGGUGCUUUUGUGCCAGUGUGUAUGUCCUUUCCAAUGUUGAAUUCAUGAAGAUUUCUUUUUAUGUCGAGAAGAUAUUCAGGGAAAAAUUUACAUUUUUCUGUGAAUGCAUUGACCGUGAGAAUGGCCCGAAAGGGAACAGCGCUGCCUGUUACAUGAUCUGAUGUGCAAACCUUAAAUCCGUCAGACCGUGGAUUUCAUGGUUGUAACCAUCUAAUGCAAAAAAAAAAAAAAGCUUUAACAUGAUUACGGCUUUGCUGUCCUACACGAAGGACAGUGUAUAGUGUUUUCUUCAAUCUGGAUUUCUCUUUCACUCAGCUUUCACUGUGAUUUAGUCUCGUCUGCUAGUUUCUGUGCCUCUGUCUUCUUUCCUCUGCUGUUGACUCGCCCAUUAUUAACCACAAAUCUUGAUCUUUUAUCCCUUCAAACAAAUUUAGAGUAUAUAAAAAAAAAACCUCUUUGUUGUUUACUUAGUUUAUCAGACACCAACCUUUUUGCUAUACUGUCAACAGGAAGAGGUGAAAUUAGGGCUGGGCGAUAUGGCCUCAAAUCAAUAUCACGAUAUAUUAAGCAGUUCACCUCGAUAACGAUAAAUUGACACUAACUACUCCACAAGCUGCUCACCCCCUCCCACAUUAACUUCAUCUACUUCAGCCACCGCUCCAGCCACUCCAACUUUUGAACCAUCCUCCAUCUCCUCGCCUGUCUUUCCCUCUGGAUGGAGUGGAGUCAUGUCUCUGAUGUAGGACAGGGUCUUAAAGGGACAAGAGAUUAUAGCCUACCUACACACACCCAAAACCAACACCAAAUAUACCGAUACGGGCAAAAUGACGUUGGUUAUCAUUGUAAAUUUCGGUAUCAGUAAUUUUGCGGUUUAUCACCCAGCCAUUGGUGAAAUCAUAAACUUCAAAAUCUGCUUGACUCCUUUGAGCAGAUUUAUUUAAUGUGGGAUAUAGCUGGCCUUGGCAUUCCUCUUGCUGUUUACAAUUGAUAACUGACGUGAAGAAAUCUUGAAUAAUCAACAAAGUCAGGUGAUUUGUUUAGAGAGCAAGGUGGUAAUUUUACACAAAGAUUCAUAUUCAAAAUGACUCCAAACUGAUAAAGCAUGAGGAGGUGAAGCAACAGUGAAGCAGUGAGGAUGCAGAGCACAGAGUUGUUGAACACACUCUGAAUAAGUACCAAAGAUUUAUCUGGUUGAAUCAUUUAGAAAGACAGAGGUCAUUGACCUGCAAAUCCACUUUCUGCUUGCUGGAGGCUCUGUUUUUUCAGAGUUUUAAAAACAUUCUUCGACACGAAACCUGAAAUUUAACUUAGUAUAAAGAGAGUCAGAGCAAGAAUGAAGGAAAUAUUCACGGCAUCUUGGGUUUUCUCUGAGCCUUUAGCCUGGUGUCACACUGACAGAGAGCUCUGCUUUGGCUCUGUAUACAGAGAUUUAGCCAAAGCACCAAGGUUAACUCUGUGUCAACAAUGGCUCAUCUGCCACCGACUGUUUCUAUAGCAACAGUCAACAAAAUAACGCACAAACUAUAAGGCACUGGGAGUUUCAUAAAGCAGAAAAAUAAACACAAGUUCUUUUUUCCCUUGUCUCUCUCUCUCUCUCAGGUGAAUGGGAAGGAGUUGUCCAAGUCCAGCCAUGAGGAGACCGUGGAGGCCUUUCGCCCUGCCAAGGACCCCGUCUUGGUGCAGGUCAUCAGGCGGACCCCGAGCGGCCGCCCCCAUGGCCCCCCUCAGGAAAUCCAUGUGGUGGAUGUGUGCACUCAGACUGAUAUCACCUUUGAACACAUCAUGGCGCUGGCAAAGCUCCGGCCUUCAACUCCUCCUGUGCCUGACGUCUGUCCCUUCCUGCUCUCUGACAGGUACGAACAACACGACACCUCAAGGUGCUUUUUUAACACCUCUAUAAAUAACCUCAGCGAGGCUCAUUUAGGUUGUUGAAAACACUUUUUUUAGGCCAGAUAAAUGCUAAUCAGGAUGAAUGUUGAUUAAAAAAGAAAAGGACAGUUCGAAUAAUGUCACUGAUAUAAUUUUCUCCAAUUUGUUCUGCUGUGACAAAGGAUUUCGGUUCAGUGCCACAAUGAGUUUGUUGUUGUUGUUGUGUCCUUGCUCUGACUUUGGCUGGGACUCAUAGUAAUUAAAAAGAGGGGAAAAAAAAGAAGUGAGAAAUGUUAUUGAGCUAUGAAGCAGAAAUAUCAGUGUUUGCAGGAUUAGCAUUACAAGUAUGCAAGGCGCCUGGGAAAUAAAAAAUGAAUUGUCUUACCAGCUGCACAGCGCUUUCUGACAAAUAUAGAUUUGUAUGAUGAAUGAGCUUCACAACGUCCUUCACGUCUCCUUUUCACAAACAGGACACUUGAAAUUAAAAAACAGAGGAAUAAAGACCGGGCUAAGUGGUCCUAAUUAACAUUAAUAGGGAAUAAAUGUUUGAAGUGUGUGCGGCAUUUCCAUGCUAAGUUUUUUUAAAUCAAUAAGUAGAUAAACACUUGAGUAGAAAAACAUUGAGAUUGAAUGUUGUAAGCAAUUAAAAUCUAUCAAACACUUAGUCAAGUGUGACAGCUUCAAGCCGUUUCGAAUACACGAUCAUCUGGAUGGAGUUAAGAUGUAGAAAUCGUCCUACAUGACUUGAACACAGCACUGACGGAAUCACAGAGUGGAGAGUUGUGAUUGGCUGGCUGUUGCAAAAAGAAAUGACCUUGAAUGCGGUCACUAUGAUCCCACAUAGAGCACUCUGUCUGUAACUCUGCUUCUGUAUGAUGGAGGACCUUAUUUCAGUUCCCUCUUAAAUUUACUCUUUUGAUUCAAUGACUGAUCCCAUGAGAUUUGUGUUGUAUUAACAUCAGAAGGUUAGUUUACUGUGUCUCUAAUGGAUCACUGAAUACUUGAGACUAGAUUUCUCUUUUUGUUGUGAAGCCGCUCUGUAACAGUUUGGGAAUGCGAUAAGAAAAGACACAAGAUAAUAACAAACUUGUUUUAUGUUUACCUUUAUGGCUAUAGCUGUCAAUUUGCAUGUGAAGGACAAAUUAAGGAUUUCAUUAGCUCGUGUUUUAUUUGCACAUUUUGGUUUGUAACUUACAAGUGAGUCAACGAGAAGUCAUGUCAUCCCAAUUUGACUACAACUUUUUGCAAAAUUGACCAAAAUCAAGCAUCAAUCAAUCAAUCAAUCAAUCAAUCAAUCAAUCAAUCAAUCAAUCAAUCAAUCACAGAAAAAGCUUGUUAAAUCCCGAGGAGAUUGAUAGAUUGAUACUCCACGUGCCUCCAGUCUCUCCAAUCAAACAUAUUUGUCUGGCUUAAAUUUCUCUGAAUUAAGAGGACGUAAAAAAUAUCAUCAGGCUCUUUUUAUUGCAACGAAGAAAAAAACAUGUGUGGUAAAAUCUCAAAAAGUCUAAUUAUCUCUGCUGGAUACUGGGAAGAACAAUACCUCAAAGACUUGUUUUAUUGUUCAUGCAAAAGGAGGGCCUUUAAAAAAUGCACUAGAAAAGAUCUUGAGAGUAUUGACUUGAGAGUUAUUUUGGAAACCAACAAGAGAAACAGGGUUUCGCAGUUUUCGUUUAUACUGUGUUCAUCUCAAAGGACAUGCAAACUCUUAGCUGAGGAGAAUAUCUGGGUUUCAGCUCUUGGGAAUGAAAUAAUGAAGCAACAACAAUGCCGCACAGAGCUGGGAAGUCAGGACACUCUUAGUAAACUGUGCGUGAAAGUCAGAGUAGGAGAGAAAUCCCCCCCAAAAAUGCUAAAUAUCUUGAAUUCACUGGAGACUUGUUUAGAUAUUUACAAAUGGAAUUUCAGUCAGCUGCUCCAUCUGUUUGCUCAUUUAUAAAAGCAUCAUAAAAAUGUGUGUUAUUGUCAGCAUUGCUCAAAAGGUAUAAAAUGGCAUUCACGAUCCAAUCAAAACCAUUACCACAUGUAUGUAUCUAACCCAGUAUCACCAUAGAAAUCCCCAUGGGGCUCUCCUGCCAUAAUUGGAGCAUCCAUUUUGACUCAGGGACGGUUUACAAGGUGAUUAAAGCAAAUGGGCUUAUAAAAAACUAGGCAACGGUGGGAAACGUGUGCUCGCAGGCUACUUACAGCCCCAGGCCAGGCCCAAAUGUAAUCAAUGUGUCCCAUAAAACUCACAUUUUCCUCUCUUCAUCUGAGAUCAGGUGCACAACGCAAUAUACAGCAGAUUUUAUAGAUGCAACAAAUGUUUGUAGCUCUUAUUUUGGAGGCGACGUUGUAAAUUUGUAAUUAUUUUCUACUUCCCAGCAUUGUUACACGUGCAGCACUGAGGCAUCAGAGUAUAAAGCGUUUUUGACGUUUACCAGUCUGGUUUUGUGACAGUGAGAUUGUUUGGGAACAGUGUAACAGUGGUGGGUAAUCUGAGAGUCAGACAGCCCCUGAACACAUCACUCAACAUGUUCAACAGCGUGUGUUUUAUUUUUUUCAAAGUUUUUGUCCAUUGUGAUUAUCUCGUGUUCUGCUCAUCUUGUUAGGCCCUCACAAUGUGGUUUUGUUCAGAGACUGAAGGAACCAUAAUAGAACGAAAUUGUACAGUGUGGGGGGUUUUGUCUGUCAAGAGCAGGAAGCAAAUCAUGCUCAUAUGCUGUUAUUAUCAAGGGGCUGUACUUUUAUCGCACGCACUCUAGUGACAGUCAAAGCCCUCGACAAAUCCUUUAUUCUUCAGUUUCCAGCAAAGACAAAGGCGAGGAAAUCCUGUCACUUAGAGGUGCUGAAUGCUUAUGAAAGAAAAUGCGAAGAAGUAUUUUUACUAAUGCACAUUUCUCCACCUUUUCCUGUCCCUCUGCCUUCAUUUCACCCUGACAGCUGUCACUCUCUCCAUACAAUGGACCAGGAUUACUAUGAUGGGAUGGACUACCUUUCACCUGUUCCAGCUGAUGGAGACAGGGCAGAGGAGUUUGAGUAUGAGGUAGGGACCACACUUUACAGCACUGGUUUUUCACAACUGACAGAUAAAAUGUAAUCAGCUAUGUAAGCUUAUUACUGAGAGCCUAUCGCCCACGUAGGAAGUGGUAUAGUAGUGAUGUGGAGAGUCAGUGUGGCAGGAAAAUCUGUUUAAAACACAGUAGUUUUUCAAUUAAGAUAUUAAUUUAUAAUUCCAGCAUACUAAUUAAUUAUAUCACAUAGGGGUGUCCCGAUACAACCUUUUCACUUCUGAUAUGAUACUGAUAUUGUAGCCUUCAGUAUCGGCUGAUAUCGAUAUUGAUCUGAUUUAAGCACAAACUUGUGCAUGACAUGUUUUGCACUCAGCUGCAAUGUCUUUCUUGGACUUUAACGAAAAAUAUGAUGAGGUAGAGUCUGGAAUGGACUGCUUGUAUUGGAGUGCUGAUAUCAGAGAUUUUAGAUGCAGGCCGAUAUAAUCUGAUAUUUGUUUUUUGGCUGAUAUCGGACCAAUUUCCAAUAUCAAUACCAUAUCAGGACAGCCCUUAUAUCACACAGAUUAGGACACUAAUAUAAUGCUAGAUUGAUAUACAGGUGUGUGUAAGGGCUAAAAUGCAAAAAGCAGAUUGUGUUAGAAAGUAUAACUGUCUGCAGUAACUUCAAUGAAUAUUCCAGAAACCAGAAUUUGUCAGGCCUUCUUAAAGUCUCUCCUUAUGUGAGGGUUAUGUUAAUAAGAUGAUAUAUCUUAAUUGGUGAGUUUUACAAGGAUGUGUUUCUCUUUUGCUUUGGGAAUACACCCACCAAAUGUCUCCCUUUGUCAUAACAUUCAAUCUAACUAAGGAAAAAAGGGAAAUUGAAUAUCCUUCUUGCAAGGAAUCUUGAUUUGUCAUUUUGAAAUCCACAUUUAAAUGUCCUGAAUGAAGCAAAACUAGCUCCAGUUUAGGGUGGUACAGAUGAACUGCAGUUGUGUGCGUCCAUGGAGCCCAGAGAAAAGGUUUUACCAAGCAUGUUUAAAAAAUUAUGAAUGGAUUUUAAAUGUGCCAGGGCUUCAAAGGAUGCUCAUCAAAACUAUAUUGAUCUGUUUAUUUCUAUGUGUGUUUACUCAAAAAAGAAGUUCCAACUAAUAUAAUGUUAAAGAUUUUUUUUCUCUCACUGUUAUUGAUGCAGACUUAGGUCUCAAAGUUUAUUAUCAGCAGAGCUUUACUGCUAACAAAGAACCUUCUUGCUGAAACUGCUGAAGACAUUUUUACACAGAAUUACAAUCAUGUGUGCACACCCUCUGCUGACCUCUUCAACACAUGGACACACACUCCCUCAGCACUCCGUAUUUAAUGAUGCUUAACAAUUGGUAGAAGGACCUAAACACUAAUUGACUCUACAGGCAGAUCCCAGAGGGGACAGUAGUGACAGAUGAUCAGCCACAUUGCAGAAAGCUUGAAAAAUCCCCCUUUUUUUUCCAGCUGGCACUGGUGACAAGCCUCCAGGUUUGGGCUUUUUUUUUCUUACCAGACAAAGAAAAAAAAGUAAAAAAAAACUUUAGAGAGGCUGUUUUCUUAAUGUCUACUGAGUAUUUUCACAACUCUGGAAGAGAAGGUUGAGGAGCUUGUUAACGCUCUGCUCGAUAAAAACCAAUUAAAGUAAGGUGAGUUUGUCAGGUGCAGUAGAAAAAAAAAAAAAGGUUGAAACACAUUUUUUUACUCCUGGAUCGUCAGUGGAGUGAAAGUAACAGAAGCUGUUAGAAAGGUGAUGUUAUUAAAGCUGUUGAGCUCUGACACAUACAGAUAUACAUAGAUGCACUGAUUCAACUGUGACGGGGGGAGAGAUAAGCAGACUCUGUCACCUCUUGCCGCUUUGGUCCAAUAUUCUUUAUUUCCGAGUCAUUGAGGUGCGAGCGUAUUGAAGGCGAGGGCUCCGACUGGUCUGAUGUAUGAGGAUUGCUCACCCCCUCCCUCUUCUUAUUUGUUUCAUUUGAAUUUUCUCUGCACGCUUCCACCCACUGAGCUUGAGCUGUUUCCUCACAUCCUAAAAGAGAUCUGUGCACCCGGUUGGAUCGCAGACGCCCCAGUGUCAAAUCAGAACAAAUAUAAUAUAUUAAAGCCUCUCUUUAUGCCUCAUUGCUAUUAACAAAUCCUAUUAUACUGAGUGUGCUUUGCAGCCUUCACCGUUUUUAUUUCAUGCUCGGGGAGUUUGAUACCGUACUAAUGUGGACUCACUUACUGUAUGUCAACUGAAAACACUGUGAGGGGGGAUGUAAGCGGAAGCUAAAAAGCCACUAGUCGAGCCGAGCUGAUCCCUCACUCCCUGCUGACAAAGAGGAAGAGAAUAAAAGAAAGACAUUUCUUUAAAUUACCUUUUGUCAGAUGAAAAAGCUCAGCAGGGGAGAGCAGGUUGCCAUCACAUCACAGGAAACCAUCGAAAUCUAAUUCACCUUUCUAAUACACCAGGACAUUGAUGUUUCUGUUAGGGUAAUCAACGUGUGAGAGUCCUGAUCACUGUGGGUGAUGAGGUGGAGAGAUGCCAGAUGCCUCCAAGGUACAUAUUCUUGUCAACUGUAUCAUUUAGAGCCAUAAGUGCUGAUGUAAAAACUUAUUUUCCUGGAUUUUAGUGGGUCCAGAAUUCAUCCCAGAUUGCCUUUGGUUCUUGAUGCAGUAUUCAGUGAAACAUCAAAGAAAGGAGACAUCAAAACACUUUUUGGCUAUAGAGUUUAUAAAUCAUAUAUAAAUAUAAAUAUAAAUAUAUAUAUAGUGUGGCCAUAUAACAGUAUGACCUAAGCUCUAGAACUGAUAUCACUGCCCAUCAACAUGUUAGUAGCGGCUUCAACCAACACUGGAUGCACGCUUUUGUCUACAUGUGUCACAAAAGGAGCUCCUGCAGAUGAUUUUGUAGCACAGCAUUACCUUAUCCAACUCAAAGGGACGUUUUUUUUGUCUCAUUGAGGUUUUUUUUUACUUUUGAGGCCUGCAGUUUGAGUCUCCUCCUAACUUUUACCAGCCCUGUGUUAGCGCCAAGACAGCCACAACAGUAAGAAGCCAGUGUAAAGAAAGAAAUACCUGUGAAGUUUAUCUUUGCUGAGUUUACUAUGUCUAUGAAAGUGGUGCAGAAAUAAAUGGACUCUUUGAUGGCAAAGUAAACAGCUCACAACAGCUUUUCUUACACCAACUACAGUCUUCAGGGAUUUUCUUACAUUGACAAAAUAAGGGGGUAGAGUUGACCCCGUCUGCAGUGGUAGAAGGUCCAGCUCAAAAGCCGGUUUUUCAUCACAGGGACCAAACUCUUAAGUAUCUUCCCCAGGGGUUACACACUCACUUUAGACAUGUAACUCAUAUAACCCUGAUUUAAAAAAAAACUGAACUAUCCCUUUAAACAACAUGUAAAUUAAAAAAUGUGUGACCAUUAUGAAAGAUUAGAGAAAGCCUGUGAAUGCAGAUAGAUUUUUGUUUUGUUUUGUCAUGUGGACACAGUAAAAGGAUGGGUUAACGGAGAUUCCUGGCAGUGGGUUUAUUAAGAGAUGAGUCAAAAAAAGUACUCUAAAAAAAUAAAGCGAUUUUGUGCUUUUUACCAUUAAAAAAUAACAGUGACAUGGUGUGCAAUAACUAGCAUAAAAAGGAUGUAACAUCAAAUUUGUUAUUUAGUAUUUUUUCAAUGGUCAGGGCUGAAGUUCUUUAAGAGAUAUGAGUAAAAAAAAAAGUUAAAAAAUAUUAUUGUAUGAACAUUUAUCUGCAUGUCCAUUUUGGGGACAAAGGAGGCUGGAUGGAACUUCAAAUUAACAGGAACCAAGGGUUGAAGACUGAAGACAAGAAGAGAGAGUACUGCUGUCACUUCGCGAAGCUGGAUUAAAAUGUAACACCAAACUAAAAACUCAAUCAAAGUCUUACUUGCUCAAAAAAGAUGUUGAAAUAAAAGUAGCUUCUGAACAUUUGUAAAUAUGGCAAAGGUUUUUCUGUUAAAAAUAGCUACAGGCAAUUAGUUUCUAUUGAAUGUUCCUCCUUCAUGUCCGCGGGUUGUAUCUAUUAUCCCUAUUUAAUGAGUGCGUUUCCUUGCGUUGAAUACCAAAGACAGGUAUCAUCUGUACAUUUCCAGAUCUGCAGACAAUAGUUGCUGGAAACCAGUAGUCAUGCAACUUAAACCCUCUCUGGUGCAUCUCUCCAUCCUGGACCUUUCUCACACAUUUUUAUCUUUUGCAAAACCUUGAAAUUUGGCUUGAAAUAAGUCACGCUUCAGUUAAUAAGCUAUGGAGAGAGUUUGUGAGUGAAAAUAUUCAGCAUAUUGCUGCUCAGCUAAUUUAUGUGUUCAUUGAGUUGGAAAGUAGGGGAAGUUCUCCAAACAGAGUCAGGACUGUAUAGGACCGUAAAAUGUACUGUAUCUUCUCUCUUUGAUGUGUGAGGCCGUUCCUUACAGCGAGAAUUUCACACAGAAAACAUCAUACAUACAUUCCCUAUGAUGCCUCGAUGUGUCAGUUCUCUUUGCUUUCUUUAAGUUCCCUGAAAGGAGGGAAGUACUUGAAACUCAGAGGUAGUCUUCACCCUCUUCCUGCCGGCAGUCCAUGCAUUUGUGACUGCUUUUUCAAUUACAGGUAAUCAAAGGCGUGAUUAUUAUGACAGCAUCCAAUGUGCUUUGAUGGUGGGCGGCAAUCUUCCCCCUAAUCACGCCAUCGCAGUCAUUAAUUUACUGUCAGCCCUCUUCCCUGUGCCACGCCGCAAUCUCCUGGCUGAGAGGCAGAGAGCCCGUCUGGAAAAUGGAGUAGAAGUAAGAAAAAAAAAUCAAAAGGAGAGAGGAGAGACAGAGAUUGGUGAAUGCGUGUUUGAUGGAUCAGUAGACAACCUGCUUUUACUGAAGCUUCUGAGUGUGUGUGGGUGUUUUUUCAACACAAUUUUGUCUUUGAACAAAACCAAGAACAUCUGGUAAAAAGGGCUUUUGUGUGUGCAGCAUAUAGACACACACAAAUACACCAGCCCUCAUCUCAAACAAUGUAUUUCCCAUCAAAGCAGUUAAUUAGACAGAGGUAACUUCAGUCUGGUUUCAUAGAUCUGAUGUAGUACCUGCUCACACCUCAGCUUUACAGUUAAUUUGUGUGAUUUAUUUUUAAGCGGAUGUCUCUGAGACAUCGCCGGUGAUUUCAGUUUUUCCCACAGAUACCCCACAACUUCACACAUCAUAUUAGCAUGCAACAUGCACGCUGUCUCCACAGCUCCCAUACCUCCGUGACUGCUUCGUUGCAUCAGGAGAUGUGCUGCUUUAAUAACAUCUCCGGCAACAAUAACGGUGGUAGCUCAUUAGUAACAUUUUUAAUACAGCUAAUGACUGAUGUUUUUGCAACUCAUUUUGUUCAGGUAGUCAUCACCAAAGCUUCUUCCUUCUCAGACUGUCUGUGCUAACGCAUCAGCCGGGGAUUUCAGGUUGUCAUCUCUUCUGAGACAGUCAAUUAAAGAUCUGAGCUCGGCGUCAGGUGGAGGUUGUCGGGGAAGAUAAAACCACCGAGCUCAGAUUAUGUCAGUUUUCUUCAGCUCUUUUUACUCCGCGCCUGUAUGGAAGUGUGCACUCUGCUUAGUGAACUUGUGUGUGAAAGCAGAGGGAUCAUGCAGGGAUGCAGCACCUCUUUUAGUUUGUGUGGAGGUGUGUGGAGCCUGGCAGAAGCAGAUCCCUGAUCCAAAAACACUUCGGCAAUCUGUCAACGUGUGAGAAAAGGCAGAGGUAGAGAAACGUGGGAUGAAAUGAGUGACAGGGGAGAGGGAGAAGAUGGGAAUUGGGCCUAAAGAUGUGUCUUUGUGUUUAUAUGUGUGUGUAUGAGGAAGUGGGGGGUCAUAAACAGCUUAGGAGGGGUUGAGGGAGGCACCAGGUGGCUGCUCUCUAGCCGCGGUAAUGGCCGUUUUUCCCCCCUCAUCUCAUCCCACCCUGGUCAGACUUCACGACUUCCCUCUCCAUGUCCACUUCCCAAAGCCCUGCCACAUCUGACACGUGUAACCAGCCAACCCACACUUGUCACAGAGGAAAUGAAUCUCUCUGUUUCUGCGCGAGACCCCUCAGAGCCCCGCCAGAGCCCUGCCAGAACCCGCCCCUCCUCGUUUCUCUCUGCCCCCUCCUUCCAUCCUCCUCUCCACUCAACCAGCUCGCUCCUGCUGCUGAGAGUUGGUGUGUUUCUGCUCUAAUGAAGACUUUGGGAGGAGAGGCCAUUUCACACUUGAUUCCCUCCAACACCCUUGAUAUGUUUCAGCAUUAGGAAAUGGAGCAAAGGCUCAGGCUGCACCUCUGUUGUGGGGAACUGGGAGUGCAAAGUCAAAGUAGUGUUUGGUCCCAUAGUCAGAACACACUUUGGUUAUUAGAUGGUAGGAACUGUGCCUCAUAUUCAAGCUCCAGCUGUGGUUAAUCAAAUCUAACUGUCUGUGUGUUUGUAUUUAUGAACUUAGAUAAGGAAUUCAUCCUGACGCUAGGGUGUUCUGCCGUGUUCCAAGAGACUCAUGGGAAAUUUGACGACCACUGAUUUGUAAGUCAAUAGUUUGUUGAUCCCUCCCCUCGGGAAGAUGCGGAAUACUUCAGCGCUGCGGCAGAUAUGUAUAUUUGCGAGCAUUAGCAUAAUUACAGUUUAUUUAUAGUCUAAUAUUCUAAAACUUGGCAACAGCUUGAGAGGAAAGAAAAAAAAAAACCCACUCCAGCUCCUCUGACAUUUAUCAAAGCUCCGCUGAUCAGACUCUGCAGGCUGAGAAUGUCUUUCAUGAUCAAACACUUUCACACUCAAAAAAAGCUCAGAAGAGUUGGAAACCAGACGCAAAACAAGCAGGAUAUUUGUGCUGAAAGUUGAGGAAUAUUGUUGUUUGAUCUUUCACUGAGGCAGACACUCAGUGUGUGUGCUUUCCCAUUGUUUCCCUGCAUAUCUUUUUCUAUGAUGAUUUAUGUGGCAAUUCAGAUAAAACGCAGUUUCUUUAUUUUGAGGUUAGAGAGGUCCUCCAUCUGCAAAAUAACAUUGAUGAAAGAUUCAUUCAUUAGCUGCUCUGGAGCUUUCAGUCCUAUAUUUUCAUCUUACUAAGGAGACGAUUAUAUGCAGUCUUUAUAAAAUUUAAAUGAAUUGAGUUUCACUUUUAAAAUCUUUAAAGUCUUCCUUUAUAUGUUUUCUUAAAGUGCUCAUAAAAAUGGAGAUUGGACCAAAUUCAGUCUCCACUUGAAUCACCUCAAGUCAAACUCUAAAGAGAACAUCAGUAAUGAUUAUUCUUUUGACAACAAACUGCUUAUAAGACCAAAACGUCACUAAUUUUCAAUAAAUCCAUUCAUGUCUUACUUCUCUUUAUCCAGGAGUUACACCAUAUGGUCAUUGGUUAGUUGGUUAGUUGGGUUAUUGAUUUCAACCUAGCGUGACAUUUGGGAGGUUGACUGUAAAAGUACCUGAUGGGUUACCAUCAAAGUCUGUAUUAUAAAUGGAUGAAAUGUCUGUGACGUCACCUAUCUGGCAGAUUUUGAAGCCUAGUGGCGGUGGUCGCUUUACUGGUGAUGCUGGCUCAACCUCACUAAUGGUCAACCUAAUAGAGGCGGGACUUAAACCGCCUUGCAAGUAGCUAUUUUUUGCUCAACUGUCAGUCAAGUCGGCCGUGCUUCAGAUUUGCCAACCUUGAAACCUUAAUAAACUAAAAAGAAAGUCACUCUCUAUACAAUGGGAGCCCUGAGCUAUUCAGACCACACUGUUCAAAACCAGCCAGUAAAUCUGUUUAUUAGAGCUUUUUUUAGCUGGUUUCCAACUGCAGUUUUUAGCCCCUCUGCAUUGGCUUCAUUCCUUAAGACCAGAGGUUGCCAUGAAAUUAGUUGUACAUUUUUGCCCUCUUCAAAACCUACUGACCAAAGGUUUUCUAAUGCCAGGAUUUAAAUUCUGACUCUCCUACUGGGUAAGGGGUGAGGAAACAUCCGGAAAACAGGCAAACUUGAACAAAGUGCAUCUAGCGCAAUACAAAGUCAGUGGUAAACAAUGACAAAUUGGUUUACAGGAUGGCAAUAGUUGCCUGAGCUAGCACCACCAGUGUUCAUUCCACCUGACUGGUCAACAUCAGCAUGUCGGUGCUGUCUGCACUUUGCUCCAGUGGAAUGAUAAUAUGCCUGUUUAACUAGACAUGGCCUACAUGCAACUCUUCUCUUUAUUCUUGUGGUUCAAAAUACUGACAAACUGCAACACACAACGAGCUGCCAUUGGUCAUCUGUGCUAGUUUAUUUCCACCAUAGAGCCGUCUAGUCAAACAUUAUAGCAUAAUGUCAGUAGUGAGAGCUACAGCUGAAGCUGAUCAGUACGCUACAGUCAGGGACACCCCCAUGACAUACAGAUAGUGUGAAAGUAAAGCACUGAAACGUGUAUGCAAAACUGAUGUUCAGGUUUGGGUCAGACUUUUAAAAAAUGAGCUAAAAUAGGCAAAACACUUGACUCUGACUGUAGUGGUUGAUGGUUUGGCUUCUCCACUGGUUCACUAACACUAAACAAAGGGGUUAAGCUGACCAGCUUCUCCUGUGGGUAGAGCUACUUUCUAGUACCUCAUAAAACCCUGCCUCAAAAAUCCAAGAAUCCAUUCAGCUAAAAAAAGAAAAACACUUUGUCCACAAGACAGUAAAUAAAAGUCAAUUUCCUCUCAUAUUUACAGGAAGUGGAAUUGUGUCGACUCACUAGCCAAGAGAAACUGGGACUGACUUUGUGCUACAGGACUGAUGAAGAGGAGGAUGUGGCUAUCUAUGUCAGUGAGGUAAGUUAUUCCAUUGUCUUAAUGAUUGACUUGACAUGUCUCUGCUUGAAAGGAUUGACACUAUGAGUUUUACAUAUUCUGUAGUGUAGGAGCACAAAAUUUUCAGACUAUUAUUUUUCUUUGUCCCCUCAAAGUUGUUUUUUGGGCAUUUUUGCUUUGUGAAGUCAAAGAGAGAAAGGAAAUACGGGGAAUAAAGGGUGGGGAAAGAAAUGCAGCAAAUAUUAACGGCCAGAAGUUGAAGAAGCAGCAAGAAUUAUCGCCUUUAAUAUGCAACAUCUAUCCACCUCUAGUUAGCUCUUCUUUUUCCACCACUACGGUAAGGACUGCUCUGUUGAAAAGAAAAAAAGGAGGUAGCCUACUCUUGGGACAAGAAGUCUAUGCAUAUUCUAUCCUCAGUUUCUUUCCAGUGCUGGUCUCUAAAGUCCCACAUUUACAUUCUUAAUAAAUCAGGCUAUCACAGCUGGGCGAGAGAUUCUCAGUAAAAUGGAUGAGGAACUCAGAGAGCAGGAUUUUCAUGACUGAAUCAAUUGUGACAUUUAAUCUCACAAUUUAUGAUUUUCUUAGGUAUUCAUGUGAGAAACACUUUGGGGUUUCUCUUUGGGGUGUAGUUAUUUAAAAUUGAAACCUUCUAUCAAACAUAAAUGACGUUAUUGAGCAGUUUGGCAUUGCGCACACUCUGUGAUUAUACCGUCAAUUUCCAACGUGAAAUGCCUGCCAAGACAGCAAAAGACAAAAAUGCUUUCAGAUCUUGUCUGAGGUGUCGCCACGGUCCCAAACACAGCACAUAUAAACAACCAAGCCGUGAAAACCCUUUCGCAGCAAAGCUUUUCUAUUUUUCUCCAACUUAUUGGGAGAAUAGAAAAUACUGCUCAACUUUCUCUUUGAUUCGUUUGAAGUGGACUUGGACCAGGCUAGGUGUUCACUUUGAGAGCUGAGUGGAAUAUAAAUUGCUGCAGUCUGUGGCCUCUGGCAGCAUCUCUAAGUGUUUGCUCAGUGAAAAAGUAGAGUUUAAAGUUAUGUGCUGCAUUUAGAUGAGGCGGCUGAAUGUCACUGUAUACAGGAUGUCGUCACAAAGAUGUUACAGGCUCAUAGACUAAGAGUUAGAAACAAUUCAAGGUCAGUUUAAACCAAAUUUCACCAGAUUGCACUGCUUAAUGAACGCCCAUAUUGUUUUUGUUUCUGUGUUUCUAUUGAAGUGUAUUUCUCUUUGUUUCCAAUGUGUGUUACAGCACAGUGGCUAAAUAAUUCAGCAGGACCAGAGCAUAUGAAGUUAUCCACCAGCCCAUCCAUUUUGUGCACUUGUUUAAUUCUAUUCAGGGACACAUGGGGCUGGAGUGUAUCCUAGCAUCCAUGGGGCAAAGAGCCUGAGUCCAUUCUAGACAGGUAGCCAGUCUAUUACAGAGCCAACAAACACACUCUUCACUCUAAUGGGCAAUUUAGACUGUUCAGUCCACCUUCCGCCUCUCUCUUUCCUCCCAAUCUAUUCCUUCCUAAUGCAGACAGCAAACCUUACAGAGAGGAAACACCCAAGACCCACCUGGAACUGCCAUCAUUUAACCUCAGAAUUCUAUGUUUUCUUGUAUUUUAAUACCCAGUUGUCUAUUAUUCAGUGUUUCAAUGCUUUCUCAUCAUAACCCCAAAAAGACUGCCCUCAAUUUUCUCCCUUUUGCUCCCGUCCCACCCCCAUUUUUGUCUCGUGACCUCCUUCCCAUUUUAAUGAGUGCUCCUCUGUGUAGGAGUAGACUAUCAUGAAGAUAGAGUGCCAGAGUCCCUCACUAUCCCAGGAGAUCCCGCCUUGUUGGAGAGAGUGAAACGUAGGGCUCCAGACACCGAUUGAUUGGCCGAUAAAAGAGUGUCCUGCCCCCUUGUUCACUGGCAUUACUUACAGGAGGGGCAGGUGUAUCAUGUACCAUGGUUGAGUGAUGGGCUGUAGAUGCUAUGUGCGGAGGCUUGCAUAUAAAUCUGCCAGGGUUUGACUUUUGAGGGAGGUACAAUCAGGAUCUGGCAUCUCUUAAAUGAUUAAAGUCAAGUUUUUGUCGCUUUUGCCAAUGGAAAGCCAUUUGACAUGCAAGGUCUUCUCAUUGCAGCAAACCAGCGUUGCAACAUUAUCGUAAUUAAAAACCAGGCAAUGGGUUGGUUAAAUCUCCAUAAUGAGUUCAAAUACUUAAACCCAAGAUGUGAGUCUGUCAAAUUAAAAACCGUCAAGUAUUUCAGAUGCAUUACUGAGUCUCCUUUAUCUUCACAGAUCAGUCCAAACAGCAUCGCUGCUCGAGACGGACGGAUACGAGAAGGGGAUCGCAUCUUACAGGUACAGCAGGACUCUCGCUCACUUUUCUGCUCCACCCAAGAUCUCAUUACAUUCAACAUGAAAAAAAAAAAAAAAACUACUUUUAUUUUGUCACAUUCAACCAUCGUCUCCCAGCAAGAGGGCCCAUUCAUUUUUAAUGGCAGCACAUUAAAACGGGGAACACACCCCCACUGUGACUGUUAAAGGGGGAGAAAUGCCCCCCUGGCUGUUUUAGUUACAGACUCAGCAUCAACAGGACUUCUAGUUUGGGUUGGCACUAUGCUGUAGCUCCUUAUCUCCUGUGGGUUAGCUGAGAGGCUUUGGCUGUUAUUAGCCCCCAGCUUCAUCUUCAGGCCUGAGAGUUAGAGUAGCUACAAAUGUCAGGAGAAAAACUGAGGAAUGGAUGGAGUUGGUGCUUGACUUGAUUUGUAGCUCUCCUUCCCGCCUGCUGUGUGUCUCUCUGCUCCACCUUCUGUCACAGACACAUCGACGUAACCCCUGUGUGCUUUCAUUAAGUCAUAGCCUAAAGAGCAUUGACAGGAAGCUUCAUGGCAAUGUGCAAUGAUUACAGUGUUUCCCACACCUUCAUUUAUCUGUGGCGGCCCACCACAAAUAGAUUUUUCUGCUUUUGGCGCUACCUCGGACUCAGUACCUAUCAGUAUAUCCGGGUGCUGCACCACAGGGUGCACCGGGUGGAUUAUGAAUGCAAAGGAUAAGUAGUUUUUUAAUUGUAAAGGACAACAUUCAACAACAUGGAGCUGAUUGAGGAUGCAUUAGGCAGAGUAUCCCUGACAGAAUAUCAGUAACUUGAUGGGGCGUUCACACCAAACGCGAGUAUAAUCAUCUACUCGCCUAAUUCAGGCAAAUCUAGAUGUGUGAAUGGAUAGUAUUUAAUCGCUUUAUUCGCGCGUCAGCGGUAAUCCCUGGCAAUUUAACUAGCAUGAUCAAGUGAUAGACAUAUUUUUUUACAAUUUACCAGGUAAUCUGACCUUCUCACUCACUUGCUCCCAGGCAAAGUCCUUUUUGUUCCGGUUUCGGUAAUUGAAAGAAAAAGUAUCAUAUAAUAUGGGGCGACCACACACCGACAUGAUCAGUUUGUCCUCCAUUUUAGAUACCAGUGAACAACCGUCCAUUUUCAUAUGUCACCCGAAAACCUUCGUGCUGAUUGGUUAUCGCAACACGAAUAUCCGCUCAAGCUAAGACAUUUUAAGCUCACGCCCAAUUCGCGUCACCAGAGUUGUACGAGCGUCUAAUCGGGUAUUUGCAAUGACCUAACAUGUAAUUCAGUCGUGUGAAUGAUUUUACUCAUACUUGGUGUGUGGAGACAGUUACAAUUUGAUCAUUUGCAGUUGAGGCUGUUUGCAGCUGUAAGUAAAGCAACAAAAGGCAAAAAAUUCAGCCGCAAAAGCUCAGAAGGAUUGUGGGAACAACAACAACAAAGUCAUGUUCCAGCUUCUUUUGGACUUCUAUUGCUGUGAAACAUCUGAUGCUAAACUCGAGUGCAUCAUCAAUAAUCAUCAGAUAUUAUUAGUCACCUGUGCCCACCUAGCUCUCUGGAUCCAAAGCCACCUAGAGGCUCUCCCUGCAGCUUAUCCCUCUUCCCCUUAAAAGCCUCCUACAUUCAGUCUUUCUAUGGCUGCCUCUAAUAUCAGGAUACUGUUGGUUAAAAUUGUUGAUAUAAAAACAUUUGUAAGAUAACCUUCUACACUGAAAAGAGUUUGCAGGUGGAGGAAAUUCUUGUGGCUACAAUAAGUGACUGAAUCCUUUUACUGCAGACUGGAAUAAAAGUCCCUCUUGGAAUGACUCACUGAUGUAAACAUAGCCUGUAAAUUAAAAAGCAUUCAAUGAUCUUCUUCACGGAAAAGGCCCCAAAGAAGUAGAGUAAUGCAUCAUGUAUGGAGAAACAGGAUCUAACUCAUAAGGAGGAGUAAAUAGUCUGUACAGGCAAUUAUAAGAUGCAGGGGGCGGAUGCAUAAGCACUGUUGGUCUAAUUGUCUUCUGGUGUCUACCAUGUGUUGCGUGCCUGAUUUAGGCCAGGAGACUGUAUGUAUGUGUGUGUGUGUGUGUGUGUGUGUGUGUGUAUGUUUGUGUGUGUUUGAGGCAGACCAGUACUCUGGCACUAUUAUCCACCAGUGACAGGGCCAUUAUUCUGCCUGCAAAAAGAUGGACGCCCCUUGUCAGUGGCCAGUUAAUUGUAUGGCUAGAUGUAUGUAUGCUGCUCGAUACUUUGGUGAACAUAACAGUUCCGCCGGCCCACGGCCACUGUCCCAUUCAUAAUCACUGCUGAGACCAGCCCCGUAUCAGGGAGCGGCACAGAGUGUUUACAAUUUCCUCAGGAAAAAAAGCCUCAUUGUGCCGCGCCACUUUUAUUGUUGUACUUUGUUUUUCUAAAGGGCUUGUAUAUUGAGAGAAUGAAACUCAGUAUAUUUUGUGCCUCUGAUGAAACGCUUGUAUUUCAUAUUUAAUGUGUUUUUGCUUGUUUCUAUCUGCUUUAAAAAACAAAUGUGAUAAUCAUGUUUGCGUAUCAUUUUUAGAUUAACGGCCAAGACGUACAAGACAGAGAGGAGGCAAUGGCUGCGCUCUCCAAUGAAGAGUGCAGGAGCAUUGUGCUGCUGGUUGCCAGACCGGAGAUGCAGGUUAGAAAACAAAACAACACACACUUGCACAAACACUUUCUACUUGUUAACAAGUGAAGGUAACAACCACCAUGGGAUAGACGUGUGCGAAGAGAAUACACUGCUCACAAAUUAAAGCCCUGAACUUUUAUCAUUUGCGGCAUAAGAGUAAACCUUAGCAGUCGUGGGUAGCCAACCUUCCCCCUCUCCACACCACCACAACUAAUCCAAGUGGAAGCCACCACUGAGACACCUCAUCAUGUUUUAUUUUUAUGUAGCGCCACUGUAAUUGACUUCCAACGGUAAGCCAUAAAAGCUAAUGGCAUGCUAAUGUGGAGUGAGUUCAGGCCCAAGGCCAAUGGCGAAUAAGCGGAAGAACUCUGCCGCAGUGCAGAUGCGCCGGUAGCAAUGGUAGACUCUUAGUAAUUAAAUGUGUCUCUGGGUAGUAAAUCUGAAGUCUACAGAUAUGGAUCCCAUUUGGUUCACAUCACACAGACAAAUAGAUGAUGGAUGGUGUGGAGCAGGAAGGUCAGAGGUGGCAGACUGAUGUCCAUAAAGUGAAUUGGCUUGAUUUUAAGAUAAGAACCCAUGUUUUAAAGAUGAGGGUUGGUGUUUUGGAGCCUAAGAAAUAAAGGGUGCAGCCUGACAACACUCCAAAUUGAUGCUUGCGGUUUCUCAUCUCAGAAGCUUUUUUUUUUUUUUUUUUUCCUCGCACUAAAUCCGAUUUGAGCAUCCAUUUGGAACAUCCAACAGUUUGUUCUGAGACAUUUUGCCACCACAAGCUCCGGGCCAUGACAAAUAACAUUUGCCCUCUUUCUUUCUCUUUUUCGUAUCCAUCCAUUCUUCAUUCACCCUUAGCUGGAGGAGGCCUGGUUGGAUGAUGAGCACAGCGAGUUCCUGGAGCAGCUGAAGAUGGAAAUGUUGGAGGAGCAGCAGAGAGAGGAGAUGGAAUUGGCUGCCUUACAGGAGGAGGAUCAGGAGAAUGAGCAGGUCAGACAGCAGCAAAAACACAUGCUCUGCUGUAACUGGAUUACUGAGUCAAAGGCAGAGCUCUGGUUUGGGUUGAAGAAACUCUACAAGCCUUUUUUCUUUUAUUUGCUCAGUUCAUUGAGAACAAAACCUCUAAAAAACAGCUCUUUGCUCAAAGAAAAUGAUCAAAGUUAACCUUCCCUCUGACUGACAGAGUGCAGAACCCAUUGUGUUGUGAACAUCGUGCCAACCAACUGACCAAAAUUUGCUUUGACUGUUUGAGGUCAUUUGUCACGAUCAAUAUUAACCAGAUCUAGCUGGCAGCAGGGAGGGAAUCAAAGUUUUCAUUGACUUUUCGAGGAAAAUGGUGAAAACAGCUUUGCCCUUUGAAAUAUGAAUAUGAAAUAAUGAUUAUAAAUAUUUAUGGAAGGGGACCAAUGAACCAUUUCAAUUCCAGACAUAAGAAAUCAUCAUUUAAAAUUCUGUUUUGUUGUUGAGAGGAUAGCAAGCAACAAAAAUCCAUAUAAAUGGAACUUCAAAGACGUGACGGAGAGGAAACGCUCCCUGAAGUAACAGAGCUGUACAAUAGAGUUACACACAACAACAACAACAACAAUGAAUGCAAUCCUUAAGGAGGCUGCUGAACAGGGUUGAACUUCUUGAACUCUUAAUACUUCAGCUCUAGUGCCUUUUUAUUCUUUUUAUCCUUAUUUCAUACCACCUCAAUUUCCAAAAUAGUGUGCAAAAUAUUAAUAAACACAGAAUUUGAUAGUUUGCAAAUAUUUAAACCCUGUAUAUGAUUGCGAAAAGUGCAUAGACAGCAUUUUCUAUAUUUAAACAAUUUUAUUUAUUUAUUUAUUUUUUAAUUCGAUGCCAGCAACAGAUUUCAAAAAGGAGCUGGGACAGAGGCAUGUUUACUUUGUGUUGCAUCACUUUCAUUUCUCAACAACACUAGAAAACCAGAUUCUGAAGUUGCAAAAGAGAGAUGUUGUCCUAUUCUUGCCUGAUGUAGGAUUUCAUUUGCUUUACUUUACUGAGUCUCCUUCAUCUAAUAUUUUGUUUGACCUUGUUCCAAAUGUUUUCAAUAAGUGAAAAGUCAGGACUGCAGGUAGACCAGUUAGCACCUGGGCUCUUAUGCCGCAGAGCCGUGUUGUUAUAAAACAUGUUGAAUAUGUUUUAGUAUUGUCUGUCUGAAAUAUUUAAGAUCUUCCCUGAAAAAAGGUUUUGUCUGGAUGGCAGCAUAUGUUGCUUCAAAAGCUGUAUAUAAUGUUCAACUUAAAUGGAGCCUUCCCAGAUGCGUAAGCUAUGAGCACCUCUAUAUCCCCAGACUGUCAGGAGUACUGGUGAUAACACGCAGGUUUAUUCCUCUCCUCUUUAGAGUGAGGGAUGCAGCAUCCAUGAUUUCCAGAGAGUAGAAAUGUAAUUCUGGACUAAAGGACACUUUUCUAGUUUGCCUCAGACCAUCUUAAAUGGGCUUGACCUGGAAAAGUUGCAUCUCUGGGUUGUGUUUAUAUACAUUUUUCUCUUUGCAUGGUGCAGUUUUAACCUGAAUUUGUGGAUACAGCAAUGAACCGUGUUCACAUUAGUUUUUGAAAGUGAUUUUGAUACCAGGCAGUGAUUUCCACCACAGAGUCAUAUCUAAUUUAAUACAGUGCCAGCUGCCUGAGGCCUUGAAAGAUCACAGCCAUCCAGUAUUGGUUUUUGGCAUUGUCCACUUUGUACAGAGCUUUCUUCAGAUCCUCUGAAUAUUUAAUAAUAUUAUAUACUGCAGAUGAUGAAAUCCCUAAAUUAUUUUCAGUUUGAUACUGGGAAAUAUUACUCUAAAAAUGUUGAAAUAUUUUCUGGUACAGUAUUUCACAGAGUGUCGAACUUCUUCCCAUCUUUGCUCCUGACAGACUCAACGUCUCUGGAGUUUCCUUUUUAUAUCCAGUAAUGGUGCAGGCAUGAUGCAAAUCAAUGUAAUUGGUUAGGAGAUGUUUCUUGAGGUGUUUUUAUAAGCAUUGCACAAGGUGUGUUGUUGUCCCUGUUCUUUUUAAACCUUUUUGAAGACGUUGCUAUAACCGAUUUCAGAACAGGCAUACUCCCCAAAGCAAUUCAAUUCCAAUUUCCCAACUUUUGUGUCCCAACUUUUUUGAAAUUGUUGUAAAAGGGAGGGUAUAACAACAGACAACUCUAAAUAUGUAAAUUUAUGAUACAAGAGGACUUGAUACACAUAUGCAGGCAGAAAAAUGGUUUAAAAAUGAGAAGUGAAUAGAAGAGUUGAGUGUGUGCUUCAUUUGUGUGUUCAGGUAUUUAAGGUUUGUUUUGUUUCCUAUAUUUCAGAGAGCAGAAGAUGAUGAGCCCACCUGCUCGACACUGCCUCAUAAGAAUAAUAAACAAACAAAAGACAGAUCGGAGAGUUCAGAUCAGAAUGUCCUGGCACACAUCCAGAGGCGUUUAUCCCAGUGCCUGAGAGACAAUCGGGACUCACACCGUACGACUGGCUCAAUGAGGCUGGAGGAUAAAGAGGAUGAGGAUGAUGAUGAGUUGGAGGGUGAUCGUUUCCAGCAGCUUUUGGAGCUGAAGUGUCAGAUACGCAACAGUGGCGAGUAUGACCUCUUCUACAGCCGCCGCAGCACGAUCGAGUGCAGUAUGGCAGAGCAGGGCGGCAUGCAGCAUGAGCUACGUAUGCUCAACGAGGAGCUGCGAAGCAUAGAACUUGAAUGUCAGAACAUCAUGCAGGCCCAUAACCUUCGAAAGGGACAGCAGUCUCCGACCACGGGCCACUCUGGACCUUCAGCUAAAAACCGAAGCCUCCAUGGAAACGACUCCACCAGGAGUAAGCUGGCAGACAUUAACGAGAGACUGGAGAAAUCUGACAAAGACAGCUCCAGUGCCUAUAACACGGCAGAGAGUUCACGAAGCACCCCUCUAGCAAUGGACCGCUCCCCUGAGCACUCACUCCAGAGGAUGGUGAGUCUCACCAACCAGAGGAACCUCUGCAGCGGCCUCGCCACUGGCCCAUCCCUUAGCCCAACUCCAGUCCCAGCAUGUCGUGCUCCUGUCCCGGGCAAAAGCAGCAGUCCUGAUCACAGCAACCCUUCGAAUCAAACACCUCAGGCUGAGGAGGAGAGCAAGGGAGUUUUAAAGCCACGUACUACACAGAUUCCUUACUUCUCUCCUUCCCACAGCUCCCAGCAGAGACAGGCCAACAUCCCAGCUCACGCUCGCCACUACCAGAGCUAUAUGCAGCUGAUCCAGCAGCGCUCAGCUGUUGAGUACGCUCAGAGCCAGCUCAGCCUGCUAAGCGUCUGCAAAGAGCCACAGAGGCCCAUUAAUGAGCCCAAGAUGGAGUGGAAGGUCAAGAUCCGUAGUGAUGGAACUCGCUAUAUAACCAAACGGCCUGUGAGAGACAAGAUCCUGAGGGAGCGAGCUCUUAAGAUUAAAGAGGAGCGCAGCGGGGGAAUGACCACAGAUGAUGAUGCAAUGAGCGAAAUGAAGAUGGGGAGGUAUUGGAGUAAAGAGGAAAGGAAGCAGCACCUGGUCAGAGCAAAAGAACAGAGGAAAAGACGAGAGUUUAUGCAGCGUAGCCGCCUGGAAAGCUUGAAGGAAAAUCCUCAGAGCAGCAGCGAGGGUCGCAAGGAAGUCAGCAUCAUAGAACUCAGCCACAAGAAGAUGAUGAAGAAACGCAACAAGAAGAUCCUCGACAACUGGAUGACCAUCCAGGAACUGAUGACUCACGGCACUAAGGCCCCCGAGGGGGCCAAGGUGCACAACGCCUUCCUAUCAGUCACUACUGUAUAAAGACAGAUAUCACACAUUCUACCCCAUGCGGUAUAUGAUACUUGCCUCGUUCAAUGUGGCAUUUUUAUGACGACAUAUGGAAUAUUUUUCACACUUUGUAACCCAAAAAGCAUUUUGUAAAGAAUUUAUCAGUGGUCUUUCAGCGUUUUCUUCACAAUUUUCAUUUGAUUUUCAAUAUCAUUUUCUCGUGUGGCUAUGUAGGAGAAGCAUUUUUUCUAUGAAAUAAUGACAAUAUAAUUAUUUUAUUAUGUCACUCAAAACAUGUUUAUCUUUUCAAUUCUAUUUUCAUAUUUAUGUUACAACCAUUUAACUUAAAAUAGUUGUAUGAACAUCUUAAAAAAAAUUAAGUAUUUUUCUUUUUUGUAUUAUUACAUUUAACAGAUGCAACACAUAAAGAAUCAGUGGGUCUCUUACAUUUCUUUUCUUUUCUUAAUGUUCUUUUAUCUAAAAAUGUAUGUAUCCUUUAAAGCUUAUAUCAGUUACUUUUUUUCACUUUAUUGAGAUUGGUUGGAAACUGUAGGAAUAUGCGCGCAUUGGACCCCAAAAACAUCAAGUUAAACCGUAAACAUGUCACAUGAUUUGAGGAGAAGGAGGCGUUGCUCAAUAAUUCACAGAUCUCAACUCUUCAUCAACUAAAGUUCCUCACACUGCAAUUUUAAAACUGCAUUACUUGUAGCUAAUGGAAUUCUAGUUUAGCCGUGACAAGAGUGUUAAAUACCUACAACUAGGGCUGGGCGAUAUGGGAAAAAGUUUAUCACAAUAUAUUUUUUCAUAUCAGUCGAUAUUGAUAUUAAUCAUGAUAUAAAAAGAAUUACUUUGUCAACCUUAAAUGUUCCAUGUCACUCUUAAAUGAAAUUUAACAGUGCUUAUUGGUUGCAUGUCUUUUGCAAUACAAUAAGCUACUUUGUCUGUGAGGUCUUUGUGCCUCUUCGACGUUUUGUCGUAAGGCGUUAGGCUAGAGAAAGUGGACUGAAUGGUCGAUGGCGCAGACCCAGAGCAACUCCUCUUUCCAUGACAGAAUGCCGGCUAUUGAAAAGCAUAUUGACCAUGUUUCAUAUCGAUAUUGAGGAAAAAUAAUUUUUGAUAUACAUCAUUAUCGUUUUAUCGCCCAGCCCUACUUACAACUAAAUUGAAAUAUAUCAAAAUUACUCGGGGGUACUAAUUUUGCGUUUUCAGUUUACUUGAUGUUCAUGUUUUUUAAUAUGACCAAAGAGUUCUGGUCUACAAAUUAAUUUUUGUGAUAUCAUUUUUACUAUCAGCAUUUUUUUUAUAAACCAUCUUUUAACAGUUCAAUACCUCAUCUUACAGUUAAACUCUACUUAUGUUGUUUCUGUAAUUUGUGAACUCCAGCUGAUUUUCUUACAAAGCUUCUGAGAAAACUUAAAAAUAAUCCAUCAGAAGCUGCUACAAUGACAAGUUUAUGGAGAAAACAACUUUUUAGACAAAUGAAAAAUUUAACGAUUAUUCUUUCGAAAUGGUUCUUUUAGAUUUUUGUGGUUACGGACAACGAACAUCCCAAGAAUCCAAAAUGUAAUGGCUCAUUGCCAGUGUUGCAGCUUUGUUUGUACGGUUUUCAGCUUUGGGUAACAAAGUAUUUUGUAUUCUGUUUUAUUUUUGCUUAAAAUCUUUUUUUUUUUUCUCUACAUAACCAACAACAGAUGGACCUUCUCAUAGCUUUUGCAUACUGGUAUUUUUACAUAUUUUUUACUCUCCAUACACCUUUACUCAGCAUAGCCUUAACAGCAUAAACCUAAUCAAUGGUGUGUUUGUGUUGCAGCUGAUUUCAUGCACAAACAAACUGUCUCUGGAUAUCUCUGUGCAACAGGGAGGUACUGUUCAGCCUUAUUCAUGGGUAACACAAACUGAGAUUUUAGUGACAGGGAAAAUCACAGAUAUUGUAUAGUGCUUACUGAAUUAUGUUUGCAGUCACAUUACAACUUGUGUUUGGAUGAUUGCCACUGAGCAGGACUCAGAACACAGCAUAUGGGAUCAUUAAAAAACUUCAACACAGAACUCAAAGGGUUACCAUCUAUGAAAUGAAUUUAUGGUUCAGUUACAUGUACAGCAUACUCAUUCCAAAAGGCCUAAUUUUUAACUGAAAUAUUGUAAAGUUGAAUCUUUAAACUGAUCCCUGUAUUUGUUUUCAGUCAAUGUUCAUGGUCUAAUUUGAGUAAUGCGUAGUUGGGCAAAUUUGUAGCCAGGUGAAAUGUGUGAUAACGGUGAAAGAAAUGAUAAUAAAUUAUUGUUUUUUUGGUACAACAUUG